GCCUCGGCUGGAGGAACUGCUGUGAGGAGGAGAAGAACAGAAGUACGGUUCUUUUCUUCUUCUGGACCUUUUGGACUAAGCUCUGUGGAUAACAAGACUUGAGGGCCAGAGGAGACUGAAGGCAUCCUUGUGCAGACAAGGUGCCGACCAACAUGUCAACACGGGCGCCGACGUUCACGCAGCCGCUGCAGAGCGUCGUGGCACUAGAGGGUAGUGCCGCGACGUUCGAGGCUCAAGUUAGUGGUUCUCCACUUCCUGAGGUGAGCUGGUUUCGUGAUGGCCAGGUUCUUUCCGCCGCAGCUUUACCCGGCAUUCAGAUCUCGUUCAGCGAAGGCCGCGCUGUCCUGAGGAUCCCCGCUGUGACCGCCGCACACAGUGGGAGGUUCUCAGUCAGAGCCACCAACGGCGCUGGACAAGCCACGAGCACCGCCGAGCUCCUGGUCACAGCUGAGACAGCCCCUCCAAACUUCCUCCAGAGACUGCAGAGCGCCACAGUGAGACAGGGCAGCCAGGUGAAGCUGGACGUCCGGGUCUCCGGCAUCCCGACCCCUGUGGUGAAGUUCUACCGAGAGGGAGCCGAGAUCCAGAGCUCGGCCGACUUCGGGAUCCUCCAGGAGGGAGACCUGUACAGCCUGCUGAUUGCCGAAGCCUUCCCAGAGGAUUCUGGGACGUAUUCUGUGACCGCCACCAACAGCAGUGGACGCGCUACCUCCACCUCAGAGCUGCUGGUUCAGGGUGAAGAAGCCGUUCCAAUGAAGAAAACCAAGACCAUCGUCUCCUCCUCCCAGACGUCCUCCUCCCAGACAGGAGUGCAGAGGGUGGAGUCCAGCUUCCAGGCCUCCGCCAUGAUGGAGAUGCACGUGGAAGGAGGAAUGAUGACUCAGCACUUUGCUCACAAAACUCCCCCUCGGGUUCCGCCGAAGCCCGCCUCCAAAUCCCCUUCCUCCUCUGUUUCCAAGGGGACGGGAGGACGGCAGCAGUCGCCUUCACCGGUCCGCCACGUGAAGGGGCCGACGCCCGCCCCCGUCAGACCCGUUUCACCCAUAAGCAGACUAUCUGUCUCCCCCAUCAGACCAGUGAAGUCUCCCCUCAUGACCAGGAAACAGCUCUCCGCGUCUGCAGAGGUCCUCCCUCCAUGGAAGCAGGGGGGCUUUGUGUCCGAGGCCAGCUAUGCCAGUAUGACCAGUAUGACCAGUGUGAGCAGUGUGAGCAGCGCCUCCCAGCUCCACAUGGAGAAGCACUGGGAGCAGCAGGUCAGCGCCACCAGAGAGGCCGAGGGGGGGGCGAGAGCCGAGGCGGUGGCCACGGUGUUGGCCGCCGUAGACCUGGCUCGGGUCCUCCGGCCUGUGCAGGCAGAGGGCUGCGCUGCCGAAGGGGAGGAGGAAUUAGCCGUAGAGGCACAGCGGCAGGAAGAGGAAAACCGUGUCGCGUUGGAGCCGCUUCCUGCCGAGCCGCUGGCAGUUGUCACUUUACUUACCUCUGAGCAGCAGAAGCUCCGGGUCCCUCAGAUUCAGACGUCCAGCGGGGCCGCGUCUGCAGCUCCACAUUUCACAGUCUCUAAAGUUUCUGUCCCUAAACGUGAGCUGGGCCACGAGGUCUCCAUCGCCGGCUCUGCUAUUGCCGCUCUGCACAAAGAGCUGUCCUCCUCCUCCUCCUCCUCCGCCGCUCACAGAAAGAUCAUCAAGCCCGUCAAGUCUCCCAGUCCGUCUCGCAGGGCAGGAGCGCGCUCAACGUCGGAGGUCCUCCCACCGCCAUUCAGAGACAACCGUUUGUCUGAGUCCCGAGUGGGCGGAGCUUACGCAGCAAGUGAGGAGGAGUUUGAGGACUGGGAGCCUCAGGAGGCCGCUGCUGUUCCCACCAGAACUCAGGAGACCCUUGUUCCUCCCACUCUUAUUGUUGGUUUAAAGAACACAAACGUGACGGAGGGCGAGUCGGUGACCCUGGAAUGUCAGAUCAGCGGACACCCUGAGCCUGCCAUCAUGUGGUUCAGAGAGGAUUACAAGAUCGAGAGCUCCAUUGACUUCCAAAUCAGCUACGUGAGCGGAUUCGCCCGGCUGGUGAUCCGCGAGGCCUUCGCCGAAGACAGCGGACGCUUCACCUGCACUGCCACUAGCGAGGCGGGAACCGUCAGUACCUCCUGCUACCUGCUGGUCAAAGUGUCAGAGGAGAUCGAGAGCAGAGAGGAGACGACCGUCGUCACUGAGGCCGCAGUCGCUCAGGAGAAGAGCGUUAUGAUUGAGUCAAAGGAGCACCGGGUGGAGGUGGAGGAAGUGAGCUCGGGAGAGUCUGCCGCUCCGUUCUUCCUCAGGAAGCCUACCCCCCAGAAACUGGUGGAGGGAGGAGGCGUCUUCUUCGAGUGCCAGGUGGGAGGAAGCCCCAGACCUCACGUCAUGUGGAAGAAGAGCGGCAUACCGCUGACCACCGGAUACAGAUACAAAGUGUCCUACAAGAAGGAGACCGGAGAAUGUAAGUUGGAGAUCUCCAUGACAUUUGCUGAUGAUGCUGGAGAAUACUCCAUCUUUGUGAAGAACCCCCACGGGGAGGCCUCGGCCUCCGCCCGCCUGCUGGAGGAAGAGGAAUAUGAAGCCUACAUGAAGCAACAUGACGUGACGUAUAAAACCGAAGUGACGACCUCGGUGGUGCGAGAGCCCUCUGUGGUCGUGAGUCAGUACCAGCUGGAGCAGAGGAGGGCCACGACCCCCAUGAGCGUAGUCUCAGAAACGGAAUUUAUCAUUUCAGCAUUUGAAGAGCGGAUCAUCCAAGAGGUGGAGCUCCGCAUCAUGAUGAUUAGCUACAGGAAGCUGGUGGUGGAGGACGGAGAGCUGGCGGUUACCGUGGCGGAGGUGGAGGCGGUGCAGCCGGCCUUCGAAACACCAGUCAAAAACUACAGAAUCAUGGACGGGAUGGGCGUCACUUUCCACUGCAAGAUGAGUGGAAACCCUCUGCCGAAGAUUGCUUGGUACAAAGACGGCCAGCGCAUCAGAGCCGGCGACCGCUACCAGAUGGAGGUCCUUCAGGAUGGACGAGCCAGCCUCCGCCUGCCUGUGGUGCUGCCAGAGGAUGAGGGCGUGUACACCGCCUUGGCCACCAACAUGAAGGGAAAUGCCGUCAGCUCCGGGAAGCUCUACGUGGAGCCGUCCGGUGCCGUGAUUCCUCAGCGAUACACACCGCAGCCGGCAAUGCAAAGGAUCAGAUCCACAUCUCCUCGCUCUCUGAGCCGCUCACCUGGACGCUCCUCCAGUCGUUCCCCCGGACGUUCUCCGGCCCGCCGACUGGAAGAGACUGAUGAGGCUCAACUGGAAAGACUCUACAAACCCGUGUUUGUCCUGAAACCUUCUUCAAUUAAAUGCUCCGAGGGGCAAACCGCCAGAUUCGACUUGAAGGUUGUUGGCAGACCGAUGCCUGACACAUAUUGGUUCCAUAAUGGACAACAAGUGGUCAAUGACUACACACACAAGAUUGUGGUCAAAGAGGACGGCACCCAGUCCCUGAUCAUCGUCCCCGCCCUGCCACAAGACUCCGGAGAGUGGACGGUCAUCGCUCAGAACCGAGCCGGACGGACGUCGGUCUCUGUAACUCUUACCGUUGAUGCUCGAGAAAGCCUGACGCGCCCGCAGUUCAUUGAGAAGCUGAAGAACAUCAGUGUGAAGCAGGGCACUCUGGUGGAACUGGCUGUCAGAGCCAUUGGAAACCCGCUUCCUGACAUUGUGUGGCUGAAAAACAGUGAUAUCAUUUCCCCACACAAGCACCCACACAUCAAGAUUGACGGAACAAAAGGAGAGGCCAAAUUCCAGAUCCCAUCUUCUUCAGGCUCAGACAGUGCCUGGUACACUGCAACAGCCAUCAACAAGGCCGGCAGAGACACCACUCGCUGCAGAGUCAACGUUGAGGUGGACUUUGCUGCUCCUCACACAGAGAGGAAGCUCAUCAUCACCAAAGGAACUUACAAAGCCAAGGACAUCGCCCCCCCCGAGCUGGAGCCCCUUCAUCUGCGCUACGGCCAGGACCAGUGGGAGGAGGGCGACCUCUAUGACAAAGAGAAGCAGCAGAAACCACAGUUCAGGAAGAAGCUGACCUCUAUCAGAAUGAAGCGUUGUGGUCCGGCUCACUUCGAGUGCAGACUGACCCCAAUCGGUGACCCCACCAUGGUGGUGGAGUGGCUGCACGAUGGAAAACCCCUGGAAGCCGCCAACAGGCUGCGCAUGGUCAAUGAAUUUGGCUACUGCAGCCUCGACUAUGAAGCUGCUUACGCCAGAGACAGCGGCGUUGUUACCUGCAGAGCCACCAACAAGUACGGAGUCGACCAGACCUCGGCCACCCUGGUGGUCAAGGACGAGAAGGGUCUCGUCGAGGAGACGCAGCUUCCCGAAGGCAGGAAGGGAGCACACCGGAUGGACGAGAUUGAACGCAUUGCUCACGAGGGUGGACCUUCGGGAGUCACCACUGACGACGAAUUUGAGAAGACCAAACCCGACAUCGUCCUCCGUCCCGAACCAGCCAGAGUCCUGGAAGGCAACAUUGCGCGAUUCCGCUGCAGAGUGACCGGCUAUCCGGCCCCCAAGGUUAACUGGUACCUCAACGGACAACUGAUCCGCAAGAGCAAGAGAUACAGACUGCGCUACGACGGAAUCUACUACCUGGAGAUCGUUGACGUCAAGUCUUACGACUCCGGAGAAGUCAGGCUGGUUGCAGACAAUCCGCUGGGCACCACCGAGCACACCGUGAAGCUGGAGAUCCAACAAAAGGAGGACUUCAGAUGCGUGCUGCGUCGUGCUCCGGACCAGAAGGCCGUAGAGGCUUCGCAUGACCCCGGCAAAGUCGGAUUUGACGUGGUGAAGGUCGACGUGGCAGGCGAGUCUGCGCAGGACCGAGAGGUUGUCAAGCUGCGCAAAACACAGAGAGUCGUUCACGAGAAGACCUCAGAGGAGUCAGACGAACUGAAGGGCAAGUUCAAGCGCAGGACCGAGGAAGGUUUCUACGAGUCCAUCUCUGCCGUGGAGUUGAGGUCCCGCAAGAGGGAUGACUCCUAUGAGGAUCUGCUGAAGAAGACUAAGGACGAUCUGCUCCAUCGCUUGAAAGAGAAAGAAGAAGCUGAAAGAAAAAAGAUGGAGGAAGAAGGAAAGCUCACCAUCCCUACAAUCAAACCGGAAAGGGUCCAGCUCUCUGCAAGCAUGGAAGCACCCAGGAUCCUGGAACGCAUCACAAGCAAGACCGUCACUCCGCUGGACGAGGUUCACUUCAGGGUCAGAGUCGUCGGCAGACCAGAGCCAGAGUGCCAGUGGUUCAAAAACGGCGUUCUGGUGGAAAAGUCUGACCGCGUGUACUGGUACUGGCCUGAGGAUCACGUGUGUGAACUGGUGAUCAGAGAUGUGACGGCAGAGGACUCUGCUAGCAUCAUGGUGAAGGCCGUGAAUGUCGCCGGGGAGGCCUCCAGCCACGCCUUUCUGCUCGUGCAAGCCAAGACAGCGAUCAGCUUUAUCCAAAACCUGACGGAUGUCAGUGCAAAUGAGAAGGACACCAUUGUGACCUUUGAGUGUGAAACCAACGAACCUUUCGUCAAAGUUAAAUGGCUCAAGAACAACGCGGGGAUCUUCUCUGGAGACAAAUACAGAAUGCACUCGGACAGAAAGGUCCACUUCCUGUCUGUGCUGGCGAUUGAAAUGAGGGACGCCGCCGAGUACUCCUGCGUGAUCGUAGACGACGAGAGCAUCAGGACGAGUGCCAGGCUCCACGUGGAAGGUGCUGCCCUAGAUCUCAUCAAACACAUGGAGAACAUUGAGGUGCCGGAGACGUACACUGGAGAGUUUGAGGUUGAACUGUCCCGCGAGGACGCCGAGGGCAGCUGGUUCUUUGGAGACAAGGAGCUUUCUCCCAGCAGUAAAUAUGUCAUGUCCUCCCGCCGAGGAAGACACUCCCUGUCCGUCAAGGACGUCAGGAAAGGAGACCAGGGGAAAUACACCUUUGUAUGUGGCGACCUGAAGACCAGUGCCUCGCUGAAGAUGAAACUGCGCUCGGUGACCCUGAUGCAGCCCUUGGCCGACCUCACGAUCUGCGAGGGGGACAUCGCUCAGCUGGAGGUCCGGUUCUCCCAGGAGAACGUUGAGGGAACCUGGAUGAAGAACAGUCAGGCCGUCUCCGCCUCCGACCGCGUCCACAUCGUGAUCGACAAGCAGGUCCACAAGCUGCUGGUAGAGAAUGUCACCAAAGAGGAUGCUGCUUCGUACUCUUUCGUGGUUCCCGCCCAAGACAUCUCCACCACGGGCAAACUCAGUGUUCAAACCAUCGAGAUUGUGGUGCCACUGAAGGACGUGUCCUCCAUCGAAGGCACCAAGGCGGUUCUAGAGGCCAAGAUCUCGGCUCAGGACAUCAGCUCCGUCAAAUGGUACCACGACGACAAACCGCUGAUGCCCAGCGACAGGAUUCAAAUGGUAGCGAAGGGAGCCAAGCAGCGUCUGGUCUUCACCCGGACCUUUGCCUCCGAUGAAGGACGCUACAAACUGGUGGUUGGAAAGGUCGACACCAGCUGCAGCCUGACUGUGGAACAGGUACACAUUGUGAAGUACAUGGAGAACAAAGUGUGCUCAGAGUCCCAGAACGUCACCUUCAACGUUGAAGUGUCCCACCCGGGCAUCGACCCGGUCUGGACCUUCAGGAACCUACAGCUCAAACCUGGAGCCAAAUACAAGAUGGAGACCAAGGGAAAACUUCACUCCCUUAUGGUCAUUGACGCCAUGAAGGAUGAGGAGGGACAGUACAUGUUCCACGCCGGUGAAAAGACGUCGAGUGCCACUCUCACUGUCUCCGGUGGUGCCAUCACUCGGCCCCUGCAGGACGUGACGGUAGCCGAGUCUCAGACGGCUGAGCUCGAGUGCCAAGUGGCCAACGCCAACGCCGAGGGAAAGUGGCUGAAAGACGGUCAGCAGGUGGACUUCAACGAGAACGUGGUGAGCGAGGCGGUCGGGGCCGUCAGGCGCCUCGUCAUCGUCAUCACCAGGCCGCAGGAUAUCGGAGAGUACACCUACCAGGUGGCCAGCUCCAAGACCAGCGCCCACCUCAGGGUGGAGGCGGUGAAAAUCAAGAAAACUCUGAGGAACCAGACGGUGACGGAGACCCAGGAGGCGGUGUUCACGCUGGAGCUCACACACCUGGACGUGAAGGGAUCACAGUGGAUCAAGAACGGCGUGGAGCUGCGGAACAGCGACAAGUACCAGAUCACCUCUGAGGGCACGGUGCAGACUCUGACGGUGAGGAACUGCGACACGCACGACGAGUCUGUCUACUCCUUCAAGCUGGGGAAGCUGUCGGCCAACGCCCGGCUCAACGUUGAAACCAUCAAAAUCAUCAAGAAGAUAAAGGACGCCUCGUCGCUGUUGGACGGCACUGCCUCCUUCGAGAUGAGCUUGUCGCACGACGACAUUCCCGUCAGGUGGAUAUUCAAAGGGGCGGAGCUCAAGUCCAGCGCCAAUUGCAAGAUCCUGUCGGAACGGAAGGCUCACAAGCUGAUCCUGCAGAACGUGGACGCAGGCAGCGCGGGGGAGUACAGCGCCGUGGUGGGACACCUGCAGUGCAGCGCCAUGCUCACCGUGGAGGCCCUACGGGUCACCAAACCGCUGAAGAGCGUCCAGCUCCCAGAGACCCAGGUGGCCACGUUGGAGUGCGAGGUUUCUCACUUUAAUGUACCGUCCACCUGGCUGAAAGACGGUGUGCAGAUCGAGAUGAGCGAGAAGUUCAGGAUCGUAGUUCAGGGGAAACUUCACCAGCUGAAGAUCAUGAACACCAGCAGGGACGACUCUGCAGAGUACACCUUCGUCUGUGGGAACGACCGAGUGUCAGCAACGCUCACCGUCAGCCCCGUACUCAUCACCUCAAUGCUGAAGGACCUGAACGCUCAGGAGAGAGACACCAUCACCUUCGAGGUCACCGUGAACUACGAGGGCCUCACCUACAAGUGGCUGAAGAACGGCGUGGAGGUCAAGUCCUCCGACAGGUGUCAGGUCCGCAGCCGCCAGCUUACGCACACGCUCAGCAUCCGGAACGUCCACUUUGGGGACGGAGGGGAGUACCAGUUUGUGGCCGGGUCCGCCGCCUCUGCCGCCAACCUCUUUGUGGAAGCUCGUCUGAUUGAAUUCACCAAGAAGAUCAAAGACAUAAAGAUCACAGAGAAGAAGAAGGCCAUCUUUGAGUGUGAGAUCUCCGAGCCCAACACUCAGGUGAUGUGGAUGAAGGACGGCCAGGAGCUGGACGUGUCCGGGGAGAGGUACACGGUGACGGCAGAGAAGUUUGCCCACCGCCUGAUGAUCCAGACGGUCCGCCUCUCCGAUGCCGGCGAGUACUCAGUGGUGGCCGGCUCCAGCGCCUCCAAGGCCCAGCUCACCGUGGAGGGCCGCGACGUCCGCAUCGCCGAGCCCGCCGAGCGGGAGCUCCAGGUUCUGGAGAAACACCGGGCUACCCUGGAGUUCGAGGUGAACGAGGACGAGGUGGAGGGCCGCUGGCUGAGGAACGGGGUGGAGAUCCAGUUCUCGGCGGAGGAGAGGUUCAACUACGUCACCAUCCGGAAGCUGCACCGCCUCACCAUCUCCGAGACCUACCGGAGUGACGCCGGCGAGUACACCUUCAUCGCCGGCAAGAACCGAAGCACCGUGAACCUCCGGGUCAACAUCCCGGAGCCUCCUCAGAUCCUCCGUCACAUGGAGCCUCAGGCAGUGGAGGCCGGUAAACCCGCCCGCUUCUCGGUUCGGGUGGACGGCGUCCCGCGGCCUCAGGUUUCCUGGUACAAGAACCAGCAAGCCUUGACUCCAGGCUUCAAGUGCAAGUUCCUUCAGGAGGGCGAGGAGCACCAGCUGCUGCUGAUUGAGGUCUUCCCCGAGGACGCCGCCGUGUACCACUGUGAAGCCAAGAACGAGUACGGCGCCGCCUCCAGCACUGCAGCGCUCCACGUAGAAGUGUCCGAGGUGGUCUCUCCGGAUUCGGCUGCCACCGUUGCACCUCCCGUCGUCACGACUCCCAUUGCGAGCACUUCCGCUCGGGAGGGAGAGGCGGCUCGGUUCCAGUGCAGAGUCCGAGGAGACGAUGUGAAGAUCAGCUGGUUCCACAAGGAGAAGGAGAUCAAGCAGUCCGACUUCUUCCGGAUGUCUCAGUUUGUCGACAGCUGCCAGCUGGAGAUCUCCCGGGUUUACCCCGAGGACGAGGGCGAGUACGCCUGCGUGGCCACCAACAGCGCCGGGACGGUGUCCUGCUCUGCCACGCUCAGCCUGGACGUGACUCACGUCAGAGAUGACAUUGAAGCAAAGAUCGAGCAAGAAGUCAAAGUGCCCCCCGUCUUCAGGCAGAAAAUCAUCCCUCUGGAGAUAAACAUCGGCGGUCACGCCAAGUUCGAGUGUGAAAUCGAGGAGGCUCCGAGUGUGACCUUCAAAUGGUAUAAGUCCGGCAUCGAGAUUAAGCAGAGCGAGAAGUUCAGGAUUCUCAGCCGCCACACCAGUUCCUCCUUGGAGGUCCUUAACCCGAUCAAAGCCGACAGCAGCGAAUACAGCUGCAAGGCUACAAACCAACACGGCACUGACAGCUGCACCGCCAUGCUCAUCGUCACUGAAAUGUACCCGCCGGUAUUUGUAUCAAACCCAGACCCAAUGACUUUAUACGUGGGCAAACCAGCCAUGUUGCAGUGCUCACUCACUGGAUCCUCUCCUAUGGAAGUUGUCUGGCACAAGGACAACAUAGCCAUCUCCUCCGGCGGGAACUAUGACAUGAAAUGUGAAAAGAACAAGUACUCCCUUCUCAUUAAAAGUCUUGAUCUGACUGAUCAGGGAGCGUACCUGUGCAAGGCAUCCAACAGCGUUGGCACUGCUACCUUUAGCACAGAGCUCAAGGUUAUCAACAAGCCCAGCUUUGUUAAGACCGUUGGGCCGGUGUCAGCCGCCAUCAACGACCCUCUGAGGCUGGAGGCCCAGGUGGACGAGGACACUGGUGUGACCAUCACCUGGACCAGGGAUGGCAAAAAAGUCCACCAGAGCAUGGAUUGCAAGCUGUCCUUUGAGGACAAGGUGGCUGUUGUUGACAUUCCUAAGUCCAAGCUGAAGGACUCUGGGAAAUAUGUGUGCACAGCCACGAAUGAGGCCGGGAGCUCGUGCUGUGAGGCCGUGGUAACUGUUCAAGAACCGCCUGAGUUUGUGCUGAAACUCCCUGCCGUUAAGUUUGUGAAGCAGGGAGAGUUGCUCCGGCUGGAGUGCAAAGCCAGUGGCACUGCCCCUCUGAAGGUGACCUGGUACAAACAGGACACAAAGAUCACGGACGGGCUCAACUACAGGACAUCCUUUGUUGACUCAGUAGCAGUCUUGGAACUGCUCUCUGCCCACUUUGAAGAUGAGGGAGUUUACACGUGUGAAGCUCAGAACGAUGCUGGCAGUGUCAGCUGCAGCAGCACACUUACUGUUAAAGACCCUCCAUCUUUUGUCAAAGUACCUCAGCCGAUUGAAGGGCUGAAGGGUAAGGACGUGAGUCUGUAUUGCGAGAUGAGCGGUACAGCUCCGUUCCAGAUCAGCUGGUUCAAAGACAGCAAACCUCUGAUGGAAAGCAGGAAGUGUAAGAUGGUGAGCGAGGGGAGCUCGGCCACGCUGUAUGUCAUUGGGAUAGAGUCCUCAGAUGCCGGCGAGUACGAGUGCAAAGUGUCAAACAGUGUAGGAAGUGACACCUGCAAGACUUCAGUUAGACUCAGAGAGCCGCCAUCGUUUGUGAAGAAACUGUCAAACAUGACGGUGAUACUGGGGGAGGAGGUGACCCUUGUGGCCACUGUUAAAGGCUCUGAACCCAUUACUGUGUCCUGGGUUCAAGACACGGAUCACAUUCUCAGGGACGGUGACAACAGGAAAAUCACCUUUGAGAACAACAUGGUGGCUCUUAAAGUCUUUAAGGCUGAUGCAACCACGGCAGGCAAAUACACCUGCCAACUCAGAAACGAUGCUGGGAGUGUGGAAUGUUUCGCUAACUUGACUGUUCUAGAACCCGCCAAGAUAGUUGACAAGCCUGACGCACUGAGUGUGAUGGCGGGCGACAUGGCCGCCCUGGAGGUCAAAGUGUGUGGAACCCCCGAGCUGACGCCCAAGUGGUUCAAGGACGGUGUCGAGCUGGCAUCAGGGAGGAAAUACAAAAUCUCAUUUUCUCAGAUGAUUUCCAGCCUGAACGUUCUUUCCGCUGAGAAAGUGGACUCAGGAGAAUAUACAUUUGAAGUCAUGAACGAGGUCGGGAAGGACUUGAGUAAAAUUAAUCUCACAGUUUUAGAUAAGAUCGUACCUCCAACCUUCUCCAGGAAAUUGAAGGAUUGCAACACAGUCGUUGGAGCGGUGGGAGAGAUGGAGUGCAAGGUAUCGGGCUCUCCGCCUUUCACCGUCUCGUGGUACCACGACGGGGAGGAGAUACAGAGCGGACCCAACUACGACAUCGCCUUUAGCAACAACAGCUGCACGCUCAGAGUGUCCAUGCUGAAGCUGUCCGACUGCGGAGUUUACAAAUGCAGAGCCAUCAACAAGGCGGGAUCCAGUGACACCAGCGCCACCUUGGUCGUAAAAGAACCCCCGUCCUUCGUGGUGCCUCCUCAGCCGGUGGAGGCCAUGCCCGGCACCAAUGUGACCUUCUCUGCCAUGGUGAAAGGCAGCGCCCCCCUCAGGCUCAAGUGGUUCAGAGGAGCCAAGGAGAUUCAGUCUGGACAAGGCUGCGAGUUCUCUCUGAAGGACAACCAGGUCCUGCUAGAGCUCUACGCCGUGGACAGAUCCCUCGCCGGAGAGUACACCUGUCAGAUCAUCAACGACGCGGGGAAGGAGAGCUGCCCCGUCAAUCUCACCGUCAAAGAGCCGGCGGCCUUCUUGAAGAGGCUGAAGGACGUCUCGGUGGAGAAGGGCAAACCCCUGACCUUGGAGUGCUCGUACACGGGGACUCCUAAAAUUACUGUGACGUGGUUCAAAGACGGACAGCAGGUGUUCGCGUCCUACAAGUACAACGUCACCACCACAGAGAGCUCCUGCAUCCUGGAGUGUCUGAGCACCGACGACAGAGAGGCGGCGGGGAGGUUCUCCUGCGAGGUGUCCAACGACGCCGGGAAGGACACGUGUUACGCAGCCGUGUCCGUGCUCGAGCCCCCGUAUUUCGCAGAGCCUCUGGAGUCCAUGGAGGUGACGUCCGGGGACGCCGUGUGUCUCAAGUGUCAGGUGGCGGGCACACCUGAGAUCAAGGUGUCCUGGUUCAAGGCCGACGGAAAAGUCCGGUCCAGCGCCACCUGUAAGCUGGAGUACGUGAAGGGCGUGGCCUGUUUGAAGCUCAGCAAGGCCACCAAGGCCGACAUCGGAGAGUACACCUGCAAAGCAGAGAACCAGAUAGGCUGCACCUCCUCCACCUGCAAACUCAACGUUAUGGAGGCCAAAACGCCUCCGUCCUUCCCAAAGAAGAUCACCAGCCUGCAGCAGACUCAGGGGCAGCCAGUCCGCUUCGAGUGCCGCGUCGCCGGCUCCUCCCCCUUGGAGGUGUCCUGGCUGAAGGACGGCGAGCCCCUGAGUCCGGGGGCGGAGCUCUCCAUGCUAUACGACGACAACACCGCCGUGCUGGAGAUCAGCUGCGGGGAGGCCAGGCACUCUGGGGAGUACACCUGCGUGGCCACCAACGGCGUGGGCUCGGCAUCAUGCAGAGCCAAGCUCACUCUGCAAGAACCAAGGUACCCUCCGGUCUUUGACAGGAAGUUGUCCCCUCAGGACGUGACGGUGGGUGACAGCGUUGAGCUGGACUGUCACAUGAGCGGCUCUGCCCCCAUCAAAGUCACAUGGUCCAAAGACCACAAGGACAUUCGCACUGGGGGCAACUACAAGAUGAGCUGUGUGGAGAACACGGCCCACCUCUCCAUCCUGAAGGCCGAUAAAGGCGACACGGGGCGAUACUUCUGCCACGCCUCCAACGACGUGGGCAAGGACUCCUGCUCCUCGGAAGUCACCGUCAAAGAGCGUAAAAACCCUCCCGUGUUCACCAAGAAGCCCUCGGCCACCAUGGAGGACAGGGAGGGCCAGCUGGUGAAGAUGGAGGGCCGCCUUAGCGGCUCGCAGCCCCUCACCGUCAGCUGGUUCAAAGACGACGCCGAGAUCCACAGCUCCGACAGAUACGACGUGAGCUUCAAGAGCAACGUGGCAGUGCUGUGCAUCAAGAACAGCCGCGUGGCAGACAGCGGCAGGUACAGCUGCCACGCCUCCAACGAGGCGGGGAGCGCCUCCUGUGACGUCACCGUGGGGAUCUCAGAAGCCAGGAAACCUCCGGUGUUCGACGCCCCCCUCAAGCCGCUGACGGUGGACCAGGGCGAGAAGCUGAGUCUCAGGUGUCACGUCUGCGGCUCUGCUCCGCUGAAGAUCCAGUGGAUGAAGGACAGGAAGGACCUGACCUCGACCGGCAGCACCAGGAUCAGCUUCUCCGACGGGACAGCCUGUCUGGAGAUCAACCCGACAUCCCUUCACGACGCCGGAGAUUAUCUCUGCAAGGCCACCAACGAUGCCGGCAGCGAGUUCUGCAAGGCCAAAGUCACGGUGAAAGAGACACCAGGAGCAGCUCCGUCUCCUGCUGAAGCUCCGGCCGCUGCUCCAACCAAGAAACUGGAAAACCUCUUCUUCAUCCAGGAGCCCGGAACCGCACACGUCACCGAGAAAGCCGUCGCCACCUUCAUCGCCAAAGUGGGCGGCGACCCGAUCCCCAACGUGAAGUGGAUGAAGGGGAAGUGGAGGCAGAUCACGCACGGCGGGCGCAUCUCCAUCGAGCAGAAGGGCCAGGAGGCCAAGCUGCAGAUCCGGGAGGUCACCAAGUCCGACUCUGGUCAGUACCGGUGCGUCGCCUCCAACAAGCACGGUGAGAUCGAGUGCAGCGCCGACAUGCACGUGGACGAAAAGAAAGGCGCGGCGCAGCUGGAGGGCGACCUGCGGGCCAAGCUGAAGAAGACGCCUUCGAAGCAGAAAAGUCCGCAGGAGGAGAAGGACAUCGACAUUGUGGAGCUGCUCAGGAACGUGGACCCCAAAGAGUACGAGAAGUACGCCCGGAUGUACGGCAUCACGGACUACAGAGGCCUGCUGCAGGCCAUCGAGCAGUUGAAGAAGGAGAAGGCGGAAGAAAGUGGAAGACCGGAAGUGGAACGUGGAGACAGAGAGUCUGAUGAGGACAUGGCCCGACUGGUGGCCGACCUGCAGAAGAGGAUGGAGCGCACCGAGCCCGUUACCGUGGUGAAGGACAUCUCCGACAUGGCCGUCGCCACCGACAAAGAGGCGGUGUUUGAGUGCGAGCUGAAGAUCAACUACCCGGAGAUCAUCCUGUCCUGGUACAAGGGCACCCAGAAGCUGGAAAGCAGCAACAAGUACAACAUCAGCAUUAGCGGAGACCGCCACCUGCUGACGAUCAAGAGCUGCCAGUCUGCUGACCAGGGCAACUACCGGGUGGUCUGUGGGCCGCACAUCUCCAGCGCCAAGCUCACCGUCAUGGAGGUGGAGAAGCAUCUGCAGGACACAUCGGGUAAGGAAGGCCAGCCGUGCUGUCUGUCUUGUCAGUUGUCCGUCCCAAACGUAGAGGCUCAGUGGUUUAAGAACGGCGAGCGCUUAGAGAUGAAGGGCAGGUACUCAUCAGAGACCAAGCACAAGGUUCAGAAGCUGCUGAUCCGAGACCUCAGGACUGAAGACCAGGGCAGGUACACCUGCCGGUACCAGAACCUGGAGUCUUCUGCGGACCUGUGGGUGGAAGCCGAACAAAUUCAUUUCACCAAACGCAUCCACAACAUCGAAGUCAACGAGCGCCAGUCGGCCAGCUUCGAGUGCGAGGUGUCCUUCGACAACGCGAUUGUUUCGUGGUACAAAGACACCUGGGAGCUGAGCGAGAGCCCCAAGUACAACUUCACGAGCGAGGGACGAAGACAUUUCAUGGUCAUCCAAAACGUGACCAUCGAAGACGAAGGCGUGUACUCAGUGAUUGUGCGGUUGGAGCCCAGAGGAGAGGCUAAGAGCACAGCUGAGCUUUAUUUGUCUGGCAAAGAAAUUGAAUUAGCAAUGGUGCCCUCUGAUGUCCCAGACUCCUCAGUUCAGAGGCCUGAAGUUCAUUCAUCAGUGACAAUUCAAGAAUCAGCUGAAUAUUCGUAUCACUACGAAGAAGAAGUGGAGCAGACAGUGGAGUUUGAGAGCUGGACCGAAGAGACGGGGACACAGCAGGUGUCCUCAGCUGCAGUUGCCAGAGUUGCUGUUGAGGAGAAAGUGGAGACCACGACAGUUGAAACGAGAGAGGAAGCCCCAACAAAAGUUCUCCAAGCCAAGAGAAAGCCGGAAGAGAAGCCGACAGCUGAUGCCAAGGAGCCGUCGGCCCCCAAAGCAGCGGAGGCCAGAAAGCCAGUGGAGGAGAAGGUCCCUGCCGCUGUAGUCGCAGAGAAGAAGGUUCCUGCUCUAAAAGAAUCAGAGGAGGUAAAGGAAGCUGCCGCUGCCCCCCCGCCGCCUGCCGAGAAACCCGGAUAUCCCAAGAAAGAUGAGCCCAAGCCUCCGGUACCAGGCAAACCAAAAAGAGUGGCGCCUGCAUUUAAGCCGGAGCCUGAACCCGGAGCGAAGCCGCUCACUCCUGCAUCCAAAGUCCCAGAGAAGCCAACUAAACUACAGCCGCCAAAGGUCCAGCCUGAAGCGGCAGUAAAAAUGCCAGAACCAGAGGUUCGACAAACUAAACCAGAAAAACUGGUAGUUGGUACAUCUGAGCCUCCUGUAACGAAGCCAGGACCUUCUGCCAUGAAGACAGAACUUCCACUUGAACCUGAAGUGACAGUGCCAAAACCAGAACCUCCAAAGAGAAAACCAGAAGCAAAGGAACAUCUUGAGAAAGUUCCGGUUGAGGAGAAACCACCGGAGCCCAAGAAAACCACCAAGAAACCAGAAGCGUCCGCUGUUCCUCCUGCAGAAGAACCCAGACGAAAAGAAGCAGAAGUCAAGGCCUCUUUGCCCCCUGAGACAGUGGAGAGAGAGAAAGCUCCUGUGAAGGAGAAGAAGUCUCCACCACAACUUAAAGAAGCCCUGGUGGAGCCAGUUGCUCCUCCAGAAGCUGUAAAUGUCCAAGAAGCUGCCAAAAGGUCAGAGGUCACAGACCAAACCAAGAAGAUGGAGAAGAGUCCGCAAGCGGCAGCAAAGCCAGUGGCCGAGCCGAAGCCUCUCGUGCAGGCCGAAGAACCGUCCAGAAAGGUGGAGCAAGUAAAACCGAUCGCGGUGAAGAAGAAAACUCCUGAAACAGAUGAAACCAAAGGACCGGUCCAAGCGCCAGGAGGAGUCAAGAAAGAAAUUCUUCUGCACAAAAAAGGUAAAGUUCAAACGGAAGAGGAGGGAACGUUUGAGAUUCCCACUUUGAAGAAAAUCCCGACGAGGAUUAAGGAAGUGGAAGAGGAGCAAGAGAUUAUCAAACUGAAGAAGAUCCCGUCGGUUGCAGCCAAAGUGACCGAAGAAGAGGAGAAACCUCAGAAGGUCACUAAGACUGCGGUCUUUGACCUGGAGGAGGUGGUGCACAGAGAGGAGGGUGUUGAGAUGUCCGACGCCACCCGGAGGCCUGCGGAGGAGAGGACACCUCGAGACAAAGCCGACGUGGUGAAAAAGCCUGAAACCGUGACGCCCAAAGAGCAGGAACAGAAAGAAGCUCCUAAAGAUGCAUGGACACGCCAGAAACCCAUUCCACGAGACGAGACACCACAAGAUAAGGUCUCGCUGAAGAAAACUCCCAAGGCACCAAAGGAAGAAGAACCUGCUCCGCCAAGCGCAGCCACAAAGAAAGUGAAGAAAGUGCCUGCAGAUGAGGCGGAACCAGAGGUAGUCAAACUAAAGCCAUUUGUAAAGCCUGCUAAACCAGCAGAGGGGGCUCCGAAGGACAAGAAGGAGAGGCCGGACAGGGACACAGAACCUUUCCAGAAGCUUGAGAGGAUUCCCAAAGAGGUGGAAGCCAAAGAACCUCCAAAGAAACCAGAGAAAGCUCCACCAGAGGUAAAGGAGCCAAUAGCAAAAGUGCAAAAGCCAGAAGAUAAAAAGCAGACUCCAGAGAAGGAGCCUGAGGAGGUUGACGGGCGCACCAAGGUGAAGAAACUCCCAACACAGGAACAAGAAAUAGAGAGCGUGAAGCUGAAACCCUUUUCCAGGCCUUCCAAAGAGGCAGCAGAGCCUGAGAAGAAACCAGCCGAGGAGAAACAGAAGAAGCCAGAAGAUAAACUGCAGAGACGGAGGACAAGUCCAGAGGAUAAACCAAAGGAGGAAGAGCCAGACGCUGUGCCAAAGAAACCGGAGAUCCCAGAAGCUCCAGAGAAGAAGACUGAGGCGGCUCCAGCAGAGAAGGUUGUCAAGAAACCAGAAACGGUUCCAGAGGAGCCCAAACCUCUGCAGCUCAAGAAGCGAGUCACACCCAAAGUCAAAGAGGAGAAGGAAGAAGUGACUCCAAAGCCUCUGGCGCAGCUCAAGAAGGUUGAGCUGAGAAAGACUCCAUCUCCAAAAGUUGAGAAGCUUAAAGAAGCAGUCCCCGUUGAGAAGAUGCCAGGUGUUGAUAAACUUAAAAGGAUUCCUAAAACGGUUGAAGUGGAAGCCGCAACUCUCAAAAAGGUCCCAAGGAAGCCGUCGCCUGAGGAGGCCAAGGAACCAGCGAGGCCUGAAAAAGAGAGGGUACCUCUGACCAAGGAGGUCUCUCCUGGAGCCGUGCAGAUGAAGAAGAUCGCCACCCAGCCAGAGGAGGAGGUGUUCGAAGAGGAGGCCGAGGAGGAGGCGGAGCAGGAGGAGGAUGAGGCCUGGGGCUGGGAGCUGGUUCCUCGCGACAGUUACGGCUCUGAAGACUGGGAGGGCGAAGGAGAAGAAGCUUCUCUGGAGGUUCCAGGGGUCACCAGGAGAGAGGGGCAACCAGCAGAAGAAGCAGGAAGAGGAAGAGGAAGAGGGCUGAAACCCAAGCAGACCCCCUCCCCCGGAGAGGGCCGAGGCCGUGGUCUGAGGCCUGGAGGAAAAGGCCCGUCGCCGCCGGAGGAACCCUUCGCCGGAUUCAAACUGAAAGCUGUCCCCCUGAAGUUCAUCAAGAAGCUCCAGGACAUCGUGCUGAAGGAGGCUGAGUCCAUCGGCUCGGCCGCCGUGUUCGAGUGCGAGGUCUCGCCCUCCACCGCCAUCACCACCUGGAUGAAAGACGGCAGCAACCUGCGCGAGAGCCCCAAGCACAAAUUCACCUCCGACGGCAAAGACCGAAAGUUGAACAUCAUCGACGUGCAGCUGUCCGACACCGGCGAAUACACCUGUAUCGCCAAGAACGCCGGCAAGGAGAUAUCCUGCACAGCCAAGCUCAUCGUAGAAGAGCUGCCUGUGAAGUGGAUCAAAGAGCUGGAGGAGGAGACGUCCGCCCUCAAGGGUCAGCCUUUGUAUCUGACCUGUGAGCUGAACAAGGAGAGAGACGUCACCUGGAAGAGGGACGGGAAGGUCCUGAAGAAACAGGCCGGCAAGAUCCAGAUCAACAUCAUUGGCAUGCAGCACGCUGUGACCAUCCAGAACUCCAGCGAGGCCGAGACCGGGCUGUACACGUGUGAAGUGGCCAACCAGGAGGAGGUCAAGACCUCGACUAACGUCAAAAUCAUUGAAAUCAUCAAGGAUUGGAUCGUGAAACCACUGAGAGACCAGCAUGUGAAACCAAAGACUGCAGCUACGUUUAAAUGCGAGCUCUUCAAGGAGACCCCCAACUGGAAGUGGCUGAAAGGAGAGACGGAGCUCACACCUUCCGACAAGGUGGAGAUCAAGAAGGAUGGAAAGGAGCUGACACUCACCAUCAAGAACUGUCAGCCUGACGACGUAGCAGAAUACGCCAUGGAGGUGGAAGGACGCGUGUACACGGCCAAGCUAACACUUGGAGAGCGCGAGGCUGAGAUCCUGAAGCCCCUGACCAGCGUAGAGGUGGUGGAGAAGGAAGAUGCCGUGUUUGAGACGGAGAUCUCGGAGGAGGACGUUGCAGGAGAAUGGAAGCUCAAAGGAGAGGUUUUGACCAGAUCCCUGAUGUGCGACAUCCUAAUGGAGGGUGGUGUGCGGAGACUCACUCUGAAGAGCUGCCAGGUGGACCAGGCUGGAGAGGUGUCCUACCAGGCUCUCAAUGCCAUCACCAGCUCAAUGCUCAACGUCAAAGCCCGAGUGAUCGUCCUGACGAGACCCCUGGACGACGCCACCGUGACUGCCGGGGAGACCGCCACCUUCCAGUGCGAGCUGUCCUACGAGGGCAUCGCCGUCGAUUGGUUCCUGGGGGACCGCAAGCUGGAGCCCAGCGACAGAGUGGUGCUGAAGGCGGAGGAUAAGGUCCAUAGUUUGACUCUGAGGGACGUCCAGCUGAAUGAAGCCGGACAAGUGAGACUCACGGCCAAAGACUUCCAGACGGAGGCCAACCUCUUCGUCAAAGAGCCGGCGGUUGAGUUCUCCAAGCCUCUGGAGGACCAGACGGUGGAGGAGGAAGCCACCGCCACGCUAGAGUGUGAAGUCUCCAGAGAGAACGCAGAGGUCCAAUGGUUCAGGGACGGACAAGAGAUCAGGAAGACCAAGAAGUACGAGAUGAUCGUAGACGGGCGCAAGAGGGCGCUGCUGGUCCACGACUGCUCUCCGGACGACUCAAAGACCUACACCUGUGACGCCAAAAGCUUCAAGACCUCCUGCUUCCUCAACGUGGAACCGCCACACAUCGAGUUCUCCAAGCCGCUCCACGAUGUGGAGGUGAAGGAAAAAGAAUCUGCCAGGUUUGAAUGUGAAGUUUCCAGAGAGGACGUCAAGGUCCGCUGGUUCAAAGACGGAAGUGAGAUCAGGAAGGGGAAGAAGUACGAGAUCGUAGCUCAAGGUCGCCAACACGUCCUCGUGGUCCACAAGUCGGUGUUUGACGACGAGGCCGAGUACGAGUGUGACGCCAAGACCUCCAAGUCCUCAGGGAUGCUAACGGUUGUCGAGGAGGAGACCCGGUUCACCAAGAACCUGUCCAAUGUGGAGGCCACGGAGACCGACAGCGUGAAGCUGAUCUGCGAGGUGUCCAAGCCCGGAGCCGAGGUCACAUGGUACCGGGGGGAGGAGGAACUGCCGGAGGGGGGGCGCUACGAGCACAUGGUGGACGGGAGGAGGAGGAUCCUCCUGGUCCAGGACCUGAAGACGAGCGACGUCGGAGAGUACACCUGCAGGCUGAGCUCUGGCGCCAAGACCUCCGGGAGCCUCAAGAUCAACGAGAUGGCCGCUGAGUUCAUCUCCAGGCCUCAGAACCAGGAGGUGGUGGAGGGCGAGAAGGCCGAGUUCACCUGCUGCGUCUCCAAGGAUACGUACCAGGUGACGUGGCUGAAGGGCGACCAGGAGCUGGAGGCGGGAGACAAACACCAGACACUGAGCGACGGCAAGAGACGCACGCUGGUCAUCACGGCCUGCGAGCCCGGGGAUGAGGGCGGCUACGUGGUGACGAUCGGCGCCACCAGGGCCAGCGCCGACCUCACCGUGCUCAAGAAGCUCAAGGUCAUCACGCCGCUGAAGGACACAGAGGCCAAAGAAGGUCAGGAGGUGGUCCUCAACUGCGAGGUGAACUCGGAUGGAGCGAAGGCCAAGUGGCUGAAGAACGACGAGACGAUAUUUGAAAGCAGCAAGUACCUGAUGGUCCAGAGGGACAACGUCUUCUCCUUGAGGAUCAAAGACGCCCAGAAGGGAGAUGAGUCCAACUACAGUGUUGUGCUGACCAAUCAGAGAGCAGAGCAGGCCAAGAGCUCCUGCAACGUCAGCGUCAAAGAGGAGAGUCUGAGGAUUCUGGUUCCCCUGGAAGACGUCGACACGCAGGAGAAGAAGACCAUCAGCUUCUCGUGCAAGGUUAACCGGCCCAACGCCACUCUCAAGUGGAUGAAGGCCGGCGAGGAGGUCGUCUUCAGCAAGCGCGUGGUCUACAGGGUGGACAAAGACAAGCACACGCUGACCGUCAAGGACUGCACGCUGGCGGACGAGGGCGAGUACACCGCCGUGGCUGGAGACAGCAAGUCCACCGCCGAGCUGAUUAUCAGCGAGGCGCCCACCGACUUCAGCGCGCAGCUCAAGGACCAGACCAUCACCGAGUUCGAGGACGCGGAGUUCACCUGCAAGCUCACCAAAGAGAAGGCUGACGCCAAAUGGUACAGGAACGGACGCGAGAUCAGAGAAGGACCGAGAUACACGUUUGUAAAAGAUGGAAAGUUCUGCACCUUGCGCAUCAAGGAGUGCAGACCCGACGAUGAGUGUGAAUAUGCCUGUGGUGUGGACGAGAAGAGAACCAGAGCCAGGCUCUUUGUCGACGAGACCGCGGUGGAGAUCGUCAGACCUCCUCAGGAUGCGUUCGAGGCUCCGGGCUCCGACGUCCUGUUCGAGGUGGAGCUCAACAAGGACCGGGUAGAGGUGAAGUGGUUGAGGAACAACAUGACGGUGGUGCAGGGAGACAAAUACCAGAUGGUGAGCGAGGGGAAAGUCCACAGGCUGCAGGUCUGUGAGAUCCGACCUCGGGAUCAGGGAGAGUACAGAGUCGUCGUCAAGGACAAAGACGCCAAAGCCAAGCUGGAGCUGGCAGCUGUGCCUCAGAUAAAGACCACGGACCAGAGCUACGUCACUGACGUCAGGAAGCCCAUCGUAAUGUCCGUCCCCUACAGCGCCUACCCGAAGGCCGAGGCCGACUGGCUGUAUGACAACCUGACUCUGCCCAAAGACGGCAUCCACACGUCCGCCGACCGCACAGAGUACCGUCUGAAGGAGCCCCUGAAGUCUGACGAGGGCCGCUACAAGAUCAUCAUCAAGAACCGACACGGCGAGGGAGAAGCCUUCAUCAACCUGGAGGUCAUCGACGUACCCGGACCCGUGAAGAACCUGCAGGUGGUGGACACCGCCGACGGCGAGGUCAGCCUGGCGUGGGAGGAGCCAGAGAGCGACGGCGGCAGUAAGGUGCUGGCUUACGUGGUGGAGAGGCGCGACAUGAAGCGGAAGACCUGGACGCUGGCCACCGACCACGCCGAAAGUCCCGAGUACACAGUGACCGGCCUCCACAGGGACCCUAUGUACCUGUUCAGGGUCUGCGCCAGGAACCGGGUCGGCAGCGGACCCAACGUAGAGACCGAUAAGCCCGUACAGGCCAGGAACAAGUUCGAUGUUCCCGAAGCUCCUCUGAACGUGAUCGUGGGAAACGUCACCAAGUUCGGCUGCACAGUCUCCUGGGAGCCCCCCGAGUCCGACGGAGGCUCCCCCAUCACCUCCUACGUCAUCGAGCUUCGCGACAGGACGUCGGUGAAGUGGACGCCGGUGCAGGUGACCAAAGCUGACGAUCUGAGCGCCGUCGUCAACGACGUCAUCGAAAACAAAGAGUACAUCUUCAGAGUCAAAGCGCAGAACAAAGCCGGAGAAGGGAAGCCCAGCGCCGCCUCGCGGCCCGUCAAGAUCAUGGAUCCCAUCGAGCGUCCCAGUCCCCCUCAGAACCUGGUCCAUCAGGACCAGAACAAGAGCUCCGUGCAGCUCAGCUGGGAGACUCCUCUGACCAACGGAGGCAGCAUGAUCACCGGAUACAUCAUCCAACGCUGCGAGGAAGGCACCGACAAGUGGCUCCGCUGCAAUGCUCGCCUCUGCCCCGACCUCUUCUACAAGGUGUCUGGUCUGCAAUAUGGAACCAAGUACAACUACAAGGUGUUUGCUGAAAACGCCGCCGGAGUCUCUGAUCCAUCGAACCUCAUCGGCCCCCUGCUGGCCGACGACCCACACGUGGGUCCGUCCUUCGACCUGAGUGCCUUCAAAGACGGCCUAGAGGUGAUCGUCCCUCAGCCUCUCACCAUCAGGGUCCCCAUCACCGGGUACCCGACCCCCGUCGCCAAGUGGACCUUCGGGGAGAAGGAGCUGACCACGGCGGACGAACGCGUCGCCAUGACGACCAAGUCCACGUUUGUGGAAUUGGUCGUUAGACCGAGCGUCCGCCCGGACAAAGGCACUUACACCCUGCAGCUGGAGAACGACGUCCUGUCCGUCUCCGGAGACAUCGAAGUCAACGUCAUCGCGGCGCCCAGCGCUCCUAAGGACUUCAAGGUCCUGGAGGUGACACGGCAACACGUCCACCUGAGCUGGGAGGCCCCAGAGCACGACGGAGGAAGCCCUCUGACUGGCUACCAGGUGGAGAAACGGGACUUGUCUCGCAAGACCUGGGUCAAGGUGACCGCAGGUAUCCAGGAUCAGGAGUACACCGUCACAGACGUGGUUGAAGGGAAGGAGUAUCUGUUCAGAGUCACCGCCUGCAACAAGUGUGGCCCCGGAGAGCCGGCGUACAUCGACGAGCCCGUCAACGUCUCCUCGCCUGCCACCAUCCCCGACCCCCCAGAGAACCUGAGGUGGAGGGACAAGUCGGCCAGCAGCAUCUUCCUGACCUGGGAGCCGCCGAAGUACGAUGGCGGCUCCGGCAUCCGCGGCUACAACGUGGAGCGCUGCCAGAGAGGAACGGACAAGUGGGAGCCCUGCGGGGACACAGUGCCGGAGCUCAAGUGCCAGGUGACGGGUCUGGUGGAGGGCCAGUGGUACGCCUACAGAGUCCGAGCCCUGAACCGGCUCGGAGCCGGCCGGCCCUGCAAGGCCACCGACGAGAUCCAGGCCGUCGAUCCCAAAGAGCCUCCGGAGAUCCAGCUGGACGCUAAACUCCUGGCCGGCCUCACCGCCAAGGCCGGCAGUAAGAUCGAGCUCCCCGCCGAGGUGACGGGGAAACCCGAGCCCCGGGUCAAAUGGACCAAGGCCGACCUGGUUCUCAAACCGGACGACAGAGUGUCCUUCGACACCAAGACGGGACACUCCACCGUCACCAUCGCCAAGACCAAGAGAGACGACAGCUCCACCUACAUCAUCGAGGCCACCAACAGCAGCGGCCGCGCCACCGCCACCGUCGAUGUCAACAUCCUCGAUAAACCCGGCCCUCCGGCUGCUUUCGACAUCUCCGACAUCACCAACGAGACUUGCUUCCUGGCCUGGAACCCUCCGCGUGACGACGGAGGCUCCAGAGUCACCAACUACAUCGUGGAGCGCCGAGCCGCCGACAGCGAGAUCUGGCACCGGCUGUCCUCCACCAUCAAACUGACCACCUACACAGCCGUGGACCUGGUCAAGUUCAAGGAGUACGUCUUCAGAGUCUUCGCUGAGAACCAGUUCGGUGUCGGCCCGCCCGCUGAGCACCUACCCAUCAUCGCCAGAUACCCCUUCGACACGCCUGGAGCUCCUUACAAGCUGGAGGCUUCGGACAUCGCCAAGGACUCUGUGACUCUGGCCUGGUACGAGCCUGAUGAGGACGGAGGAAGCCCCAUCACCGGGUACUGGGUGGAGAGACAUGAACCCGACCACGACAAGUGGAUCAGAUGCAACAAACUGCCCAUCAAAGACACCAACUACAGAGUCAAAGGUCUUCCCACCAGGAAGAAGUACAAGUUCAGAGUCCUGGCCGAGAAUCUGGCUGGAACUGGAAAACCCAGCAAGGAGACGGACCAGAUCCUCAUCAAAGACCCAAUCGAUCCUCCAUGGCCUCCCGGCAAACCCGCGGUGAAGGAUGUGGCUAAGACCUCCUGCUUCCUGACGUGGACCAAACCGGAGCACGACGGCGGAGCGAAGAUCGACAGCUACGUCAUUGAGAUGCUGAAGAGCGGAACCACGGACUGGAUCCGCCUGGCGGAGAACAUCAAUAUUCUGGAGCAUUUCCUGAAGGGCCUGAUGGAGAAGCAGGAGUACUCGUUCAGGGUGCGAGCCCUCAACGUGGCCGGAGAGAGCGAACCCAGCGAGCCCAGCGACCCGGUGCUCUGCAAAGAGAGACUCAACCCUCCGACGGCUCCCCGCUUCCUGGAGGUCGUCAGCAUCAGCAGGAACAGCGCCGACUUGAAGUGGACGCUGCCGGAGCGUGACGGCGGCUCGCCCAUCACCAACUACGUGGUGGAGAAGCGCGACGCCAGGCGCAAAGGCUGGCAGGCCGUGGACACCACGGUGAAGGAGCUGAAGUACACGGUGACGCCGCUCAACGAGGGCUCGCUCUACGUGUUCCGCGUGGCCGCCGAGAACGCCGUCGGCGUCGGGCCGUUCUGCGAGCUGGCCGACUCGGUUCUGGCCAAAGACUCUUUCUCUGCUCCGGGGCCGCCGUACGCCCUCGCUGUCACUGCUGUGACCAAGAGAUACGUGGACCUGCAGUGGGAGGAGCCUAAAAACGAUGGUGGCAGACCCAUCCUCAAGUAUUCCCUCGAGAAGAUGGAGAAGCUUGGAACCCGCUGGGUGAAAUGUGGAAAGACCUCGGGUCCGGACUGUAAGUACCGAGUGACCGACGUCAUCGAGGGCACCGAGGUUCAGUUCCAGGUCAGCGCCGAGAACGAAGCGGGCGUCGGCCACCCCAGCGAGCCCACCGAGAUCCUCGCCAUCGAGGACCCAACAGGCAUCCCAUCGCCGCCCGUCGAGCUGCACGUGACAGGCGCCAGCCGGGACUUCGUGUCCAUUGCCUGGAAGCCGCCGCAGAGGGACGGCGGCUGCCCCAUCAGCGGGUACCACGUGGAGAUGUGCGCGGCCGGGACGGAGAAGUGGAUGCGUGUCAACUCCCGUCCGGUGAAGGACCUGAAGUACCGCGUGGACGAAGGCGUGGUCCCCGAGAAGGAGUACAUCCUGAGAGUGAGGGCCAUCAACUCCGUGGGGGUCAGCGAGCCCUCCGACAUCUCCGAGAACGUCUUCGCCAAAGAGUCCGACUGUAACCCCACGCUGGACUUCCAGACUCUGGACCUGGUUGUCGUGGAAACGGAGAAGCUGCACAUCCCGGUUCCCUUCAGGGCGGUGCCGUCGCCCAGGAUCACCUGGCACAAAGACGGCAAGGAGCUGAAGGCCGACGAGCGCCUCUGCUUCAGGAAGGAGUACAUUUCCUGUCACCUGGAGAUUGACAGCAGCCUUCACGCUGAUGCCGGACAGUACAAAGUGACACUGGAGAACAAACUGGGAGCAGCCAGCGCCGCCAUCAACGUCAAAGUCAUCGGGCUUCCUGGUCCAUGUAAGGAGAUCCUUGCCUCCGAGAUCACAAAGAGCUCCUGUAAACUGUCCUGGGACCCUCCGGACUACGACGGCGGCAGCCCGGUCGUCCACUACGUCCUGCAGCGCCGGGAGGCCGGCAGGAGGACGUACGUCAACAUGAUGUCCGGAGAGAAGAAGGUGAGCUGGAAUGUCAAAGACCUGAUCCCCAACGGAGAGUACUACUUCAGAGUCCAGGCCGUCAACAAGAUCGGGGGAGGAGAGUUCAUCGAGCUCCGUAACCCGGUCAUCGCCGAGGACCAGAAACACGCUCCCGACCCACCGGUGGACGUGGAGACCCACAACCCCACGUCCAGCACCGUCACCCUGACCUGGAAGCCUCCCAUGUACGACGGCGGCGCCAAGAUCAUGGGCUACGUCCUGGAGAAGCAGCAGAAGGGCGAGGACAAGUGGGAGAGGUGCAACGACUUCCUGGUGCCCGUCCUGUCCUACACCGUCAGAAGGCUGACAGAGGGCAAGAGCUACGCCUUCAGAGUCAGUGCGGAAAACGCCGCCGGGGUCAGCGAGCCUUCGCGCGGCACGCCGUUCGUCAAAGCAUCGGACGCCAUCGAUCCUCCCAAGGUGUUCCUGAGCGGAAGCUUGCAGUCCGGCCUCAGCGUGAAACGAGGCUGCGAGAUCCGCCUGGAUGCCAACAUCUCCGGCUCGCCGUACCCUGAGAUCACCUGGUACUGGAACAACCAGGUGAUCCGGCCCGAGGCGCUGCGCAAGAGGCCCGAGAAACCCCUGAAGAAGAAGGUGGAGAAGAAGGAGGAGGUUAAGAAAGAGGAGGGAGAGGCCGAGAAGAAAGAGGAGAAGGAAGGAGAGGUCAAAGAAGGAGAAGAAAAGAAGGAAGCAGAGGUGAAGGAAGCAGAGGUGAAGGAAGCAGAGGUGAAGGAAGGAGAGGUGAAGGAAGCAGAGGUGAAGGAAGCAGAGGUCAAGGAAGCAGAGGAGAAGAAGGAGGAGACAGCAGAGCCUGAGAUGGAGGAGACAGACUACCCAACAAUAAAUGAGCGUCUGGCCAUUGACAACCGCCACAGGGGCUCCUCCUCCAUCGCCAUCAGCGACUCGCUGCGCGUCGACCACGGUGUCUACAUGGUGAAGGUGGAGAACGACCACGGCAGCGCCUCGGCCACCUGCGAGGUCAACGUGCUCGAUACUCCCGGCCCUCCGGUGAACUUCACCUUCGAGGAGGUGAGGAAGAACUCUGUGAUCUGCAGGUGGAGUCCUCCUCUGGACGACGGAGGCAGCGAGAUCCUCAACUACACUCUGGAGAAGAAGGACAACUCCAAGCUGGAGAUCGGGUGGAGCUGCGUCACCUCCACGCUGAGGGGAUGCCGCUACCUGGUGCCCAAACUCAUUGAGAAGAAGGAGUACAUCUUCAGGGUGGUGGCUGAGAACAAGUUCGGCGCCGGUCCACACUGUGUCUCCACAGCUCUCAUCGCCAAGAAUCCUUUCGAACCUCCUGAGGCUCCUGAAAAGCCGGAGAUCAAUGACAUCACGGCCAACAGCAUGCUGGUCACCUGGAACAUGCCCAAUGACAACGGCAGCCCCAUCCUGGGGUACUGGGUGGAGCGCCGCGAGAUCAACAGCUCUCACUGGGCGCGCGUCAACAGGAACAUGGUCUCCGACACCCAGCUGAACGUGGAAGGUCUGCUGGAGGGCUUCACUUACAUCUUCAGGGUGGCGGCUGAAAACCAGGCUGGCCCCGGAAAGUUCAGCGGUCCCUCCGAACCCAAGACGGCCCAAGCUCCGAUCCUUCCUCCCGGACCUCCCACUGCCAGAGUGGUGUUGACUACCGACCACUCCAUCGACCUGGAGUGGGAUCCACCAGCAGACAACGGCGGAGGAGAGAUCCUGGGAUACCACGUGGAUAAGGUCAUGGCUGGUACCAAGGACUGGUCCAGGUCCACAGAGCGUCCAUGGAAGUCCAGGGCCUUCACCGUCUACGGAGUCCGCGAGGGAGCCAAGUACAUGGUCAGAGUCAUCGCAUGCAACGCAGCUGGAGAAGGAACACCAGGAUUCACUGAGUCGGUUUUCGUCAGGAACCCUGCAGAGAAGCCGCUGAUUGAACUGGAGCUGUCCGUCAGGAACGGCGUGGUCAUCAGAGCCGGAGAGACGCUCCGUUUACCUGCAACAGUGACGGGUAAACCCUACCCAUCCAUCACCUGGACCAAGGAUGACGCCAAACCCGACAAAGAGCGCGUGGAGAUCCUCACCCAGGGCAACGACAGCAUUGUUUCAAUCAAGAACGUUCAGAGGAAGGACUGCGGCAAAUACCACAUCUCUGCUUGCAACCCCAGCGGCACCAAGGCUGCUGCAACCAGGGUGGACGUGAUGGAUGUCCCUGGACCCGUCACGGACCUGAAACCCGUCGUGGUCACUCGCAAGAUGAUCUUCCUGAACUGGGACGACCCGGACGAUGACGGGGGCAGCGACAUCACCGGCUUCAUUGUGGAGCGAAGGGACGCCAAGAUGCACACGUGGAGGCAGCCCAUCGAAACCGCCUCGUCCAAGUGUGAAUGCGUGGGCAUCAUGGAGGGUCAGGAGUACAUGUUCCGCGUCAUCGCCAAGAACAAGUACGGAAUGGGCCCGCCCUUAGAGCUGGGACCCAUCAAGGCCGUUGACCCCCAGGGUCCACCGUCGUACCCGGAGAAGUUCCACUACACGGAGCGCACCAAGAACUCCAUCACACUGACCUGGAAGCCGCCUCGCAACGACGGCGGCAGCCCCGUCAUCGGCUACUUUGUUGAGAAGAAGCGGCAGGACCAGCAGGCCUUCGAGCCCUGCAACACAGAGAUCUGCCCCAACAUGACCCUGACUGUAGAAGGUCUCGAAGAGGCCUGGCUGUAUGAAUUCAGGAUCAAGUGCGCCAACCUAAUCGGAGAGAGCGAGCCAUCCAUCCCGUUGACUGUGGUCAUCCAAGACGAUGAAGUGUCUCCUGAGGUCCACAUGCUGAAGCACUUCAAGGGCGACUGCAUCACGGUGAAGAAGGGCGAGCCCAUUGAGAUCCCGGCGAAUGUCCUGGGUCUCCCCAUCCCGAAGAUUGAGUGGUCCAAGGACGACGUGGUGAUCGAGGAGCCCACCGACGCUCUGCUGCUGGAGACCGAGGUGACCGGCAGAAUGAACGCAAAGACCACCCUGACCAUCCCAACGGCCAACAGGAGGGACGGCGCCAGCUACACCGUGUGCGCCUCCAACAACAUGGGAUCGGCUAAGCACACCGUCACCGUCCUGGUUCUGGACCGACCACUUCCACCCAGGAAUGUAUCCGUGUCCAACAUCAGGGCGGAGUCCUGCUACCUUCGCUGGGACGCGCCGCUGGAUAAUGGGGGCAGCGAGCUGACCAACUACAUUGUGGAGAAGAGGGAUGUGUUGAAAGAGCAACCGGAGCCGGAGGAAGGAGAGGAAGCUCCGCCUGAGCCCCAGUGGGAGGUGGUCAACACCACCAUCGUCGAGAGGAAAUUUGGAGUGUGGAACCUGGAGACAAACAAGUCCUACUUGUUCCGGGUCAAAGCUGAGAAUCGCUAUGGUAAAUCUGACCCCUGCGCAACGGAGGAAGUCUUAAUCACCGACCCGUUCGGUCUCCCGGGCCCACCAGAGAAACCAACCAUCGCAGAGUACUCCAAGACCUCCAUGACCCUGACCUGGGAGCCUCCCAGAGACAACGGCGGCUCUAUGAUUGUCGGCUACUGGCUGGAGAAGAGAGAGAAAGGCACCGACUACUGGGCCAAAGUCAACAAGACGCCAGUGAGCAAGAGGGGCGUGAAAGGCUGGGAGUUCCAGGUGACUCGUCUGAUUGAAGGAUUGGAGUUUGAAUUCCGAGUCGCUGCCAGUAAUUCUGCAGGAAUGGGACCGUUCAGCGGCCCGUCCGACUCUGCCUUCGCUGUGGAUCCAUUGACCCCUCCAAGCAUGCCCGCUGCCCCCGAGGUGGUGGACAAGACGAAGCACAGCGUGACGCUGUCCUGGAAAGCCCCGGAGAGUGACGGAGGAAGCCCCAUCAAGGGCUACAUCGUCCAGAUCCAGGACGAGGGCUCCUCUGGGUGGGUGAGCGUCAACGACAAAGACUCCCUCCACCCCACCACCGAGUUCACCAUGCCCAGCCUCCGCGAGCUCAAGCGCUACCGCUUCAGGAUCAUCGCUGUCAACGACAUCGGCGAGUCCGACCCGAGCCCCCGCACCGGCGAGGUUCUGGUUGAGGACAUCCAGCUGCCUCCUUCCAUCUCCCUGGACGUGGCGGUGGAGGACCUGGUGUGCAUCCGGGCCGGAGAUCCCAUCAGGAUCCCCGCCACCAUCAAGGGCCGACCCAACCCCAAGGUGGUCUGGGACUUUGACGGCAAAGCCAAGUCGCACAGGAAGAACAAAGUGCACACGCUGCCCGUUGACUCCGAGGUGGAGUCCACAGACACCACGUCUAUUGUGACCGUCCCUGUCAGUCUGAGGAGCCACUCUGGACGCUACAUCAUCACCGCCAAGAACAAGUCUGGCCAGAAACACAUCAACGUCAGAGUCAUCGUCCUCGACGUCCCCGGGGCCCCGAAGGACCUGAGGGUGACUGACGUUACCCGGUCGACUAUGAGGCUGAUUUGGAAACUCCCCGACACCGACGGAGGGGAGAGAAUCAAGAGCUACUUCAUCGAGAAGAAAUGUCUCACAGACAAAGCCUGGACCAAGGUGAAUGCAGCCUGUGCCAGCCAGGCCUACGUGGUGCCGGGUCUGCUGGAGGGUCAGGACUACCUGUUCAGGGUCCGGGCCGAGAACCGGCUCGGAUUCGGCCCAUUCACCGUCACCGCCGAGCCCGUCCGGGCCAGAGACCCCAUCUACCCCCCCGACCCCCCCACCAAGGUCAAGGUGAACCUGGUGACCAAGAGCACGGUCACUCUGAGCUGGGAGCCUCCCAAGAACAACGGCGGCGCUCCGGUGAAGCAUUACAUCAUCGAGCGUUUGAGCUGGGACACCAGCGGCAAGGAGAAGGAGACCUGGAAGCAGUGCAACAAGAGGGACGUGGAGGAGCUCAGCUUCGUGGUGGAGGACCUGAAGGAGGGAGGAGAAUAUGAGUUCAGAGUCAAAGCCGUAAACGCCGCCGGACCCAGCCGCCCCUCCGCCACCGCCGGACCUCUGGUCAUCAAGGAUCAGACAUGUGCUCCCAGCAUCCUGCUGCGCGAGGCCAUGGAGGGCGAGGAAGACUGUGAUAUCAGCAUCGUGGCGAAGGUGAGCGGCUGUCCGUUCCCCGCGCUCACCUGGCACAAAGCCUCCAUGGCCAAACCCGAGGAGAAGUCCGCCGUCCAGUAUGACCAGCAUGUCAGCAAGCUGGUGACCCAGGACAAGUGCACGCUGCUGAUCCAACAGGCCAGCAGGCUGGACAGCGCCAUCUACACCCUGACGGCCAGCAACAGCCUGGGCACAGCCACCAAGGCCACCAAGCUCGCCGUGCUCGGACCUCCUGGCCCCCCCACCGCUCCGCUCAAGUUCACCGAGGUGUUUGCGGAGAGGAUCGGCCUGGCCUGGAACCCCCCCAAAGAUGAUGGUGGAUCAAAGAUCACCAACUACGUGGUGGAGAAGCGCGAGGAGAACAGGAAGUCCUGGGUCCAUGUCUCCAACGACCCCAAGGACUGCGCCUACGUGGUGACCCGGCUAACGGAGAACCACGAGUACGAGUUCCGAGUCAUGGCCCAGAACAAGUUCGGAGUCGGGCCUCCGCUGGUCAGCGAGCCGCAGAAGGCCCGAAACCUCUUCACCGUGCCUGGUCAGUGCGAGAAGCCGACCGUGACCGACAUCUGCGCCGGGUCCAUGACCGUCAACUGGGACGAGCCCAAGUACGAUGGUGGCUCCUCCAUCACCGGCUACUUCGUGGAGAAGAAGGAGACCACCGCCAAGCGCUGGGUCCGCGUCAGCCGUGACCCGAUCCAAGCGCUGCCUCUGGGCAACUACUGGGACGUCACGGGCCUGCAGGACGGCGCCAUGUACCAGUUCAGGGUGAUCGCCAUGAACGCCGCUGGCUGCGGCCUGCCCAGUGUGCCCUCUGACCCCGCACUCUGCAGGGACCCCAUCCAACCUCCUGGGCCGCCCACUCCCAAGGUGACGGACUGGACCAAGUCCACCGUGGAGCUGGAGUGGAUUCCCCCCGUGAUGGACGGAGGGUCCAAGGUCACGGGCUACAUCGCCGAGUUCAAGGAGGUUAACAAAGAGGAGGAGGAGAAGAAGGCUCAGAGGAGGUUUCUGCUGAGCGGGGAUGAGGAGGAGACGGAGCCGGAGAGCGAGGAGACCUGGGAGAAGGCAAAGGACACCGAGAUCAGAGGAACCAAGUUCGUGGUGGCCGGUCUGAAGGAAGGCGGGCUGUACCGCUUCAGAGUCCGCGCCGUGAACGCAGCCGGGGUGGGAGAGGCGGGACUUGUUUCGGAGCUGAUCGAGGUCAAAGACCGAACCAUUCCUCCUGAGAUGGACCUGGACGCCUCCGUGAAGGAGAAGAUCGUUGUCCACGCCGGCGGCACCAUCCGCAUCAUCGCCUACGUGUCUGGUAAACCCGCCCCCCAGAUCACCUGGUGCCGGGACGACGCCGAGGUGCCCAAGGAGGCCGUGGUGGAGACGACGGGCAUUUCCAAUUCGCUGGUCAUCAAGAACUGCAGACGCCAACACCAGGGCAUGUACACGCUGAGCGCCAAGAACGAGGGCGGCGAGAGGAAGAAGGCCGUCAUCGUGGAGGUCCUCGACGUCCCGGGGCCUGUCGGCCUCCCCUUUGCCGGCGAGAAUCUGACCAACGACUCCUGCAGGCUGACCUGGUACUCCCCCGAGGACGACGGCGGAUCCGCCAUCACCAACUACAUCAUCGAGAAGAGGGUGUCGGACCGCAUGGGCUGGACCUCGGUGUCCUACACGGUGACCAGGAACAACGCCGUGGUGCAGGGACUCCUCGACGGAAAGGGCUACUUCUUCAGGAUCGCAGCCGAGAACAUCAUCGGCAUGGGGCCCUUCAUCGAGACCGACAAGAUGGUCCUCAUCAAGGACCCCAUCUCCGUCCCCGAGCGCCCGGAGGACCUGAUCAUCACCGCCGUUACCAAGGACUCCCUCUCCGUCACAUGGAGAGCGCCCAAGUACGACGGCGGCGCCGAGGUCACCGGCUACGUCCUGGAGUCCCGCAUGGUCGGCCGGGACAGCUUCACACGAGUAGGGGCAGAGACCCCGCUGAUGGACACCAAGUUCACCCUGACGGGACUGAAGGAGGGCUCGAGCCACGAGUUCAGGGUCUCCGCCGUCAACCUGGUGGGACAAGGGAAACCUUCCUUCGCCACCAAACCCGUCCAGUGCAAGGACGAGCUCGAACCACCCAUCCUGGACCUGGACUUCAGGGACAAGAUGAUGGUGAAGGUGGGAGACACGUGCACGCUGGCGGGACGCUACAGCGGCAAACCGGCCCCGGCUAUCACCUGGACGAAGAAUGACGAGGAGCUGAAGGCGGACGAGGAGAUCUUCAUCCACAGCACCGCGCGCCACCUCAGCCUCAGCAUCAGCAAGGCCAAGCGGGAGCACAGCGGGCGCUACCGCGCCAGCGUGGAGAACGCCGCCGGCUCUCGCACGGGGACCUGCACCGUCACCGUGGUCGACCGGCCUCAGCCUCCGGAGGGCCCCGGGGUGUUCAACGAGGUCUACAGAAACUACAUGGUGGUCUCCUGGAAUCCUCCCCUGGACGACGGAGGCUGCGCGGUGUCCAACUACAUCAUCGAGAAAAGAGACACCAACAGAGACCUCUGGAUGCCCGUCACCUCGUCCUGCACCAGGACCAGCUGCAAGGUGCCGAAGCUGAUCGAGGGUCGUGACUACAUCAUCAGGAUCAUGGCUCAAAACAUCUACGGCAUCAGCGAGCCUCUUCUGUCUGCAGAGACCAAGGCCAGAGACGUCUUCACGGUGCCCGACGCCCCCAAACAACCCACCGUGAAGGAGGUCCACCACGACUCUGCCCUCAUCAGUUGGGAACCUCCUGCUGACGGAGGGAAGCCAAUCACAGGCUACAUCGUGGAGAGGAAGGAGACCAUGGCCCACAGGUGGGUUCGCUGCAACACGGAGAGAAUCCAUCCCAAGGUGGAGUACUGGGUGACGGAGCUGCUGCAGGGCUGUGAGUACGAGUUCAGAGUGAGCGCCGAGAACAUCGUGGGAGCCGGAGACCCGAGCCCCCCAUCCAAACCCGUCUUUGCCAAAGACCCCAUCGUGAAACCCAGUCCACCGGUGAACUUCCAGGCCAUCGACUUCUCCAAGGAGUCGGUGAGUCUCUCCUGGCAGCCGCCCACCGACACCGGCAGAGGGAAGAUCUUCGGCUACCUGCUGGAGUUCCAGAAGGCUGGAGAGGAGGAGUGGUCCAAGGUGAACCAGACUCCGGAGUCCUGCCAAGAGACCAAGUUUAAGGUGAUCAACCUCGAAGAAGGAUUCAUGUACCGAUUCAGAGUCACGGCGGUCAACGCGGCUGGCGAGUCCGACCCUACUAGCUUGAAGGAGCCAAUCAAAGUGCAGGAUCGACUCGAGCCCCCAGAACUGAUCCUCGAUGCUGCAAUGACCCGAGAGGUGAAGGCCAUGGCCGGCACUCACAUCUCUCUGAUGGCCACCAUCAACGGCGUCCCGUUCCCCACCGUCACCUGGCAGAAGAACGAGGCCGAGGUGCCCACCAGGGCCGACAUCGAGACCAGCCAGACCGGGACCAAGCUGGAGAUGAGGUUCUGUACCCGCGAGGACUGUGGAGACUACACCCUGACUGUGGAGAACCCGGCCGGUUCCAAGACCGCCACCUGCACCGUGCUGGUCUUUGACAAACCCGGUCCCAUCCAGCACCUCCGGGUGUCUGACAUCAGGAGCGACUCCGCCUACCUGUCCUGGAAGGACCCAGAGGACAACGGCGGUGUCCGCAUCACCAACUUUGUGGUGGAGAAGAAAGACGCGGCAGCCACUCAGUGGGUCCCCGUCUGCUCCACCUCUAAGAAACGCAGCAUGAUGCUGAGGCACCUGAUGGAGGGAACGUCCUACAUGUUCAGAGUCGCCGCCGAGAACCAGUAUGGACGCAGCGAAUACGUCGAGACGCCAAGGUCCAUCAAGGCGAUGAAUCCGCUCUUCCCUCCUGGUCCUCCGAAAGACCUGCACCAUGACGAUGUGGACAAGACUGAGGUGUGGUUGGUCUGGAACAGGCCCGACCGCGACGGCGGAAGUGAAAUCACAGGCUUCCUGGUGGAGUAUCAGGAAGAGGGAGUGAAGGACUGGGACGAGUGGAAGACCGUUAGCAUCCCAGAGAGUCAUGUGACUGGCCUUGAGGAAGGAAAGACCUACCGCUUCAGAGUGAGGGCGGAGAACGCCAUCGGCCUCAGCAGACCCGACACCACUGUGCCUAUCCUUUGCCAGGAAAAACUGGUGCCUCCAGUCGUUGAGGUGGACGUAAAGCUCAUUGAAGGAAUCACCGUAAAGGCCGGCAGCACCAUCCGGCUGCCAGCCAUCAUGAGAGGAAUACCCAUUCCCUCUGCCAAGUGGACCAUCGAAGGUGAGGAAAUCACCAGCGAGGGGAGCGUCAAGGUGGAUACCGACAACUUCUCCACUGUGCUCACUAUUAACGAGUGCACCAGGAACCACACGGGCAUCUACCUGCUCACUGUGGCCAACCCGGCCGGAACCAAGACCGUGGCCCUGAGCGUCACUGUCCUGGACGUUCCCGCUGCGCCCAUUGGACCCGCUAACAUCCUGGAGGUCACCCCGGACUCCAUGAUGAUUGAGUGGCGUCCCCCCAAGGACGACGGCGGUAGCCCCGUCACCAACUACAUCGUGGAGAAGCGAGAGUCCAACAAGGAGACCUGGGGAGGGGUGGGCUCCGUCGGCCUGGCCACCAAGCUCAACAUCACCCGCCUCCAGAGGGGAGUGGAGUAUGUGGUUCGCAUCCGCGCUGAGAACAAGAUGGGCAUCGGCGCUCCUUUGGAAAGCAAGCCCACUGUUGCCGAACACUCCUUUUUGCCACCCAGCCAGCCUGGCAAGCCGCAGCCCUCUGACAUCUCAGAGGAUUCCGUUACAAUCGGCUGGACCAUGCCCCUCUCCGACGGCGGAAGCCAGAUCACCGGCUACAUCAUCGAGCGCCGACACAAGGGAGGAAAGUGGAUCCGUGUGAACAAGACAGCCUGUAAAGACCUGAGGUACCGAGUGGAGGGACUGUUCGAGGGAAACGAGUACGAGUUCAGAGUGUUUGCUGAGAACAUUGUCGGCUACAGUGGCCCCUCCCUCACCUCUGACCUCUGCAAGCCCUGCAGGCCCAUCACUGUCCCCAGUCCCCCUGUCAACCCCAAGGUUAGAGAUUACAGCAAGACCAACGCCGACCUGGUGUGGAGCAAACCCAACAAAGACGGGGGCAGCCCCAUCCUGGGCUACACUGUGGAGAUGAAAAGGGUAGAUAGUGAAGAAUGGAAAAAGGUGAACCUGGAUGACUUCAUCAAGCAGUGUGCCUACAGGGUCAAGGGCCUGGAGGAAGGCGCCACGUACGCUUUCAGAGUCUAUGCCUCCAACAUGAUUGGAGAUGGAGAGUCCAAAGAAAUCCCACAGCCCGUCACUGCUCAGGAUAUUCUGAUCCCUCCGGAGAUCGAGAUGGACGCCACGUGCCGCGAUCGCCUCACCGUGCGGGUCGGACACAACAUCAACAUCAUCGGGUACGUCAAGGCCCGUCCGGACCCAGAAGUGCUUUGGUCAAAGGAGGAGGCAGUUCUGGAGAACAGCAAACGUGUCACCAUCGCUCAGAACUUCCCCGUGGUGCACUUAAAGAUCAAGGAGGCCACAAGGGAGGACCACGGCAAGUAUGUCCUGAAGGCCUCCAAUGUGGGCGGCGAGGCCUCUUGCAUCAUCACAGUCAAUGUGCUGGACCGGCCCAGCCACUGCCAGAACCUGCACACGACCUACGUCACCAGGGACUCGUGCAUGCUCAACUGGGAGGCCCCGAAGGACAACGGUGGAUCCGAGAUCACCAACUACAUCGUGGAGUGCCGUGAGCCCAGCGUAAGCAUGUGGUCCAUGAUCACCUCCCACUGUACAAACCGCAAGAUCAAGGCCAAGAUGAUGGAAGGCCACGAGUACCUGUUCCGCGUUUGUGCCGAGAACAAGAUGGGCCCGGGGCCCUGCGUGGAGACCAAGACCCCUCUGCUGGCCAUCGACCCCAUCGAGUGCCCAGGGGAGCCUGAGAACUUCAGAGCCACCGAGAUCGGUAAGCACCACGUCUAUCUGAGAUGGAGGAAGCCCGACUACGACGGCGGCAGUCCCAACAUAUCCUACAACCUGGAGUGCAAAGACAAAGAUGCAGAGGAGUGGGACAAACUAAGCAGCGGAAAUCUCACCGACACCUUCUUCCUGGCUGACAAGUGCCUGGAGAACCACACGUACACCUUCAGGGUGCAGACUGUCAAUGAAGGCGGGGAGAGUGCAUGGGUGAAACUCGCCGACGUCCUGGUGAGGGAGGAGAUCCAGAAGCCCGUCAUCGACCUGAAGCUCUCCGGAGCUUUGACGGUGAAGGCCGGGGAGUCCGUGAGGAUAGAGGCCGCCCUCAGAGGGAAGCCCCAGCCUGAAGUCAAAUGGGUGAAAGACAAGGCUGUCGGAGACAACCCAAGAAUAAGCUACGAGACUGGAACCGACUACUCGAAGUUCCUUCUGACCAAGUCCAGACGCACUGACACUGGAAAGUAUGUCAUCACCGCCACCAACUCGGCCGGCACCUUCGCGGCAUAUGCCAACGUCAAUGUCCUGGACGUCCCCGGCCCAGUGAGGAACCUCAGGAUCACCGGCAUCGGGGCCGACAAGUGCAGAGUGGUGUGGGAUAUUCCGGAGGAUGAAGGUGGUUGUGAGGUGGACAGCUACAUCCUGGAGAAAUGCGAGACCAGGAGGAUGGUCUGGUCCACGUACUCGGCCUCCGUGGUCACGCCAUACUGCAACAUCACUCGUCUGGUGGAGAAAAACGAGUACAUCUUCAGAGUAAGGGCUGAGAACAAGAUGGGAACGGGGCCCGCCAUGGAGAGCAAGCCUGUCACUGUCAAGACUCAGUUCAACAAACCUGGACCCCCCGAAGCUCCUGACGUCACCAAGGUGAGUAAAGACGAGAUGACCGUCGUCUGGGCUCCUCCUGAGAAUGACGGAGGGAAGUCGAUCACCGGCUACAUCCUGGAGAGGAAGGAGAAGAGGGCAGUGCGCUGGGUGCCAUGCACCAAGAGCCCCAUCUCUGAGAGACGCAUGAAGGUCACCAACCUGAUUCCCAACCACGAAUACCAGUUCAGGGUGAAGGCGGAGAACGAGGUGGGCCUUGGGGAACCCAGCAAACCCUGCAGACCUGUUGCCGCCAAAGAUCCCAUUGAGCCCCCAGGCCCCCCUGCAGGCCUGAAAGUGGGCGACAGCACCAAGACCUCCAUCACCCUGUCCUGGUCUAAGCCUGUGUAUGAUGGCGGUGCCCCCAUCAUCAACUACAGCCUAGACCUGAGGCUGAAAAGUGACGCAGACCCCGAGAAGCCAUCAGAGGGCUGGAAGAGAAUAGACACCCACGGCCCGUUGGUGAUGACAGAGUUCACCAUCGGCCGGCUGGAUGAGAAGCUGGAGUACGAAUUCAAGGUGUCCGCCCAAAACCAGGUGGGCUGGGGGCGUCACGCCUACUUGAAGGAGGCCGUCUCCCCCAAAGAGGUCCUGGAGGCUCCAGAGAUCGAACUGGACGCCAGUCUGAGGAAAGGCCUGUCGGUCCGGGCCGGCUGUCCGAUCAGGCUUUUUGCUGUGAUUCGAGGAAGGCCGUCCCCCAAGGUCACCUGGAAGCGUCUGGGAGUGGACAACGUGAUCCGCCGCGGCCAUGUGGACCAGGUGGACACUAUGUCCUUCUUGGUCAUCCCUGAGAGCACCAGAGACGAUUCUGGGAGAUACUCUCUGACUCUGUCCAACUCGGCUGGAGAGAAAGCCGUGUACGUCCGCGUCAAAGUCCUCGACACUCCUGGUCCCGUCGGCGGCCUGGAGGCAACCAACAUCACCAAGACCUGCGCCCAGCUGUCCUGGCUGCCGCCAGAUAACGACGGCGGCAGCCCCAUCCUCAACUACAUCGUGGAGAAACGGGAGGUAGACAGGAAGACCUGGAACAAGUGCACAGAGGAGCUGAAGAAGACCAGCUUCAAGGUGACCAACAUGACGCCUGGCAUCGAGUACUACUUCAGAGUCACAGCCUGCAACAAGUAUGGCAUCGGAGUUCCUCAAGACUCCCCCAAGUCCUACCUGGCCGUUGACCCAAUCAGUGAGCCGGACCCUCCGAAGAAGAUGGACGUGUUGGAGAUUACCAAGAACAGCGCCACGCUGGGCUGGCUGAAGCCGCUCAGAGACGGAGGAGCCAAAAUCAACGGCUACGUGGUGGACUACCAGGAGGAGGGCGCUCCCGAGGACAAGUGGACGCCGUACUCGGUGGUCAAAGACAUGACCAUCGUGGUGGUCGGCCUGAAGGAAGGAACCAAAUACAAGUUCAGAGUGGCCGCCAGGAACUCAGUAGGAGUCAGUCUGGCCAGAGAGGCAGAGGGAGUGUUUGAGGUCAAGGAGCAGCUCAUGGCUCCUAAGGUCAUCAUGCCCGACAUCGUGACGGUGAGAGCUGGCUCCAAACUGGUGGUUGAGGCCCUUGUGGCGGGUAAACCCUCUCCCUUCUGCAAGUGGAAGCAGGGCAACGAGGACGUGCUGACCUCCGACCGCCUGGCGGUGGUAAAGACGUCGACGACCUGCACGCUGAUCGUAAAGAACGUCAAGAGAACGGACAGCGGAUACUACAGCCUGUCGGCUGAGAACAGCACCGGCAGGAUCAACCAGAUCCUCAGAGUCACCGUCAUGGACAUCCCUGGACCCCCCGAAGCUCCGAUAGAGAUCACGGAACAGGACACCGACGCCUGCACGCUGCUCUGGAACUCCCCGCAGGAGGACGGCGGGAGCAGCAUCACCAACUAUAUUGUGGAGAAGUGUGACGUCAGUCGGGGCGACUGGGUCCCCGUAACCACAUCCUGCACCAAAACCAGCUUCAGAGUAACCAAGCUGACGACUGGCAAAGAGUACAGCUUCCGAGUCCGUGCUGAGAACAGGUUGGGCGUCUCCACGCCCAUCUACUCUGAGAAGAUGGUUGCCAGACAUCCAUUUGAUCCUCCCAGCGAGCCCCUCAAUCUGCAGAUCAACAAAGUCUUCAAGGACUUUGUUAUCUUGUCCUGGGAGCGUCCCAGCAGCGACGGCGGCUCGCCCCUAACUGGAUUUUGCAUUGAGAAGAAGGAGAGGAACAGCCUCCUGUGGGUGAAGGCCAACGAGUCCUUGGUGAAAGCCACCCAGUACACCUGCACCGGCCUGUUGGAGGGCGUGGAGUACACCUUCAGGGUGUCGGCACUCAACGUGGCAGGACAGGGCAAACCGUGCAAACCGACUGACCUGAUCACUGCCAGGACGGCUGUUGACCCACCAGGCAAACCCGAGGCCAUGGAUGUGACCAAGAACUCAGUCUCGUUGGUCUGGACCCGCCCCGAGCAUGACGGAGGCAGCAAGUUGAUUGGCUACUAUGUGGAGUACACGAAGCUUCCAGAAGAGAAGUGGACACGAUGCAACGCCAACUGCAUGAACAUCCAGGCGGAGAGCUACGUAGUGAGCGGACUGGAAGAAGGGCAACAGUACCAGUUCAGGGUCAUCGCCAAGACUGCCAUCAACGUCAGCCUGCCGUCCGAGCUGUCCGACCCCAUCCCUGUCAUCGCACAGAAUGUUCCUCCUCGCGUUGAGCUGGGCAUCAACAUGAAGAACCUGAUCGUGGUGAAAGCCGGAGAGAACGUCUUCCUGGAUGCCGAGGUGUUCGGCAAGCCGCUGCCCAAGGUGAGCUGGAAGAGAGACGGGCUGCCUUUGGUUCCCGUUGAGGGACUGAAGAUGGUGCAGAAGAAACACGUCCACCUGCUGGAGCUCUUCUCCGUCACCAGGAAGGAGUCUGGAGACUACACCAUCACCGCUGACAACAUCAAUGGCUCUAAAUACGCCACCAUCAAGGUCAAAGUGCUGGACAAACCCGGCCCUCCGGCCUCAGUGAAAGCCGCCAAGGUGUUCGCCGACCGCGUUAAGCUGCGAUGGGAGCCCCCGCUGGCCGAUGGCGGCUCUGAGAUCAUCAACUACAUCAUCGAGAAGCGUGAGACCAGCAGGGCCAACUGGGCUCUGGUCUGCGCCAACAUCCACGGACACGUCACCGACUGCUUGGUGGAGAAACUGAUCGAGGGACACGAGUACGAGUUCAGAGUCAGUGCUGAGAACCAGUACGGAACCGGGGACCACAUCACGGCCGAGCCCGUCAUGGUCAAGAACCCGUAUGACGUUCCCGGUCCAUCCGAGCCACCGGUCAUCACCAACAUCACCAAGGACUCCAUGACGGUGAGCUGGAAGGCCCCGGCCAACGACGGCAGGGCCACCAUCCUCGGCUACAUGGUGGAGAAGCGUGAGGCCACCGAGCUGACCUGGGCUAAGGUCAACCGCCGGCCCGUCAUCGACAGGACCAUCAAGGCCGUGCAGCUGACCGAGGGCUCAGAGUACGAGUUCAGAGUCAUCGCCAUGAACAAGGCCGGCCUGGGCAAACCCAGCGACGCCUCCAACGCCGCGCUGGCUGUCGACCCCGUCUAUCCUCCCGGCCCGCCUGCGUUCCCCAAAGUGGUGGACUCCACCAAGAGCUCCAUCAGCCUCAGCUGGACCAAACCGGCGUACGACGGCGGCUGCGACAUCAUCGGCUACCUGGUUGAGUGCAGGCGAGUCGACAGCGAGCACUGGAGCAAGUGCAACAUCCCGAAGAAGCUCCAGACCACCAAGUUCCUGAUGACGGGCCUGAUGGACGACACCGAGUACCAGUUCAGAGUCAUCGCCGUCAAUAAGAUCGGCUUCAGUGACCCCAGCGAGGUCCCAGGAAACCACACGCCCAAGGACAUCCUCAUCGCUCCUGAAGCUGAGCUGGACGCCGACCUCAGAAAGGUUUUGGUUCUUCGAGCCGGCGUCACCAUGAGGCUCUACGUCCCUCUGAGGGGACGCCCGGCGCCCAAGGUGACGUGGACCAAGGUGGACGCCGUACUGAAGGACAGGCAGGGCGUGCUGAUCAAGACGUCGGAGUGGGACACCCUUCUGAUGAUCGAGGACAUAAACCGAUAUGACGCCGGAAAAUAUGUCCUCUCGCUGGAGAACAGCAGCGGCUGCAAAAGCUACACCAUUGUGGUGAAGGUCCUAGACUCCCCCGGGCCGCCUCUGAACCUGACGGUGAAGGAGACCUCCAGGAGCCACGCCUGCAUCACCUGGGACGCCCCGCUGAUCGACGGCGGCAGCCCCGUCAAGAGCUACGUGGUGGAGAAGCGUCUGGCCGAGAGGAAGGCGUGGACCUGCGUGGCGGCGGACUGCUGCAAGAUCUCCUUCAGGAUCACCAACCUGGAGGCCGGACAGGCGUACUGCUUCAGAGUGCUGGCCGAAAAUGCCUACGGCAUCGGGGACGGCUGCGAGACCGCCGGCAGCGUCCGAGCCUCAGAGCAACCCGGUCCAGUCACCGACUUCAGAGCCCAAAAGACCACCAAGGACUCUGUGGUCCUGGGCUGGAAGAAGCCCCUCAGUGACGGUGGAAGCCCCGUCAGCGCCUACAUCCUGGAGCAGAGCGAGGGCGAGCAGAAGUGGAAGCAGAAUGCCAGAGGCAAGACCUACUCGCACACUGUGGCCGAGCUGACCGAGGGCAAGGAGUACUUGUUCAGAGUCAAGGCGCUCAACGAGUCCGGAGAGGGACCGCCCAUCGAGCUCACCGUGGUCGCCAAGGACCAGUUUGUGUCGCCCGACUGCAACCUGAGUGCCCUGCACGACGGCUGCUGCGUGGUGAAAGAAGGCAGCACCACGCGCAUCAACCUCCCCGUCACCGGAGUGCCUCCGCCUACCGCCACCUGGAAGAGAGGCGACGUGAUGCUCGGCGACACUGGCAGAAUGUGCGUGGAGGCGUCUCAGGGCGUCACCACUCUGCUGAUCAGAGACUGCCAGAGAGGAGACGCCGACACCUACAACGUCCACGUCAGGAACAACGGCGGCUCCAAGGACUGCAAGUUCCAGCUGAAGGUGGUCGGCAAGCCCGGCAUCUGCACCGGACCCAUCAAGUUCGAGGAGAUCACCGCCGACGGCAUCACCCUAGAGUGGGCGCCGCCCAAAGACGACGGCGGCGCCGAGGUGUCCAACUACAUUGUGGAGAAGAGGAGGACGACGGACAACAAGUGGGCCACCGUGGCCUCGGCCAUCCAGAAGACCACCAUGAGGGUGAUCCGGCUGCACGACGGAAUAGAGUACAUCUUCAGAGUGUUCGCAGAGAACAAGUAUGGGGUCGGGGAGCAUCUGAGGUCGGCCCCGGUCAUCGCCCAGCACCCAUUCAAUGUCCCCGAGGCGCCUGCUCCACCAGAAAUAGUGAGCAUCCGCCACGAGUCAGCCAUCUUGACUUGGGCCGAUCCGAAGGACUCUGGUGGUUCCCCGAUAACCGGAUACCAUGUGGAGUUUAAGGAGAGGAACAGUCUGAUGUGGAAACGGGCCAGUAAGACUCCUCUGAGAGUGAAGGAGUGCAGAGUCACCGGCCUGAUCGAGGGACUGGAGUAUGAGUUCAGGGUGAUGGCCAUGAACAUGGCUGGCCUUGGAAGGCCAAGCAGGGUUACCGAGGGCGUGGUUGCCCUCGACCCGAUCGAUCCUCCUGGCAAGCCCGAAGUGAUCAAUGUCACCAGGACCACGGUCACCCUAAUGUGGACCCCUCCAAAAUACGACGGUGGCCACAAGCUGACCGGCUACAUGGUGGAGAAGAUGGAGGCUGCUGGCAAGGCCUGGAUGAAGGCCAACCACGUCAACGUCCACGGCUGUGCCUUCACCGUCCCCGACCUGACGGAGGGCUCUCAGUAUCAGUUCAGGAUUAGGGCCAAGAACUCUGCUGGGGCCAUCAGUGUUCCUUCAGAGACGACAGAGCUUCUGACCUGCAAGGAUGAAUACGAGCCCCCGACCAUCACUAUUGAUCCAGACAUGAAGGACGGUGUUUCCGUCAAGGCGGGAGACACCAUCCGGAUCUUGGCCUCCAAGAUUUCAGGAAAACCUCCACCAACCGCUGUCUGGUCCAAGGGAGGACGUGAGUUCAAGAGCUCUGACAUCAUCACCAUCACCAGCACCCCCACCUCCUCCUCUCUGGCUAUCAAAUACGCAAGCAGGAAGAACACAGGGGAGUACACCAUCACCGCCAGCAAUCCUUUUGGCAUUAAGGAGGAACAUGUAAAGGUGAAGGUCCUGGAUGUGCCUGGACCCUCGGGCCCCAUCGAAGCCAGCAACAUCUCAGCCGAGAAGUGUACUCUGACUUGGCUUCCGCCAGAGGAGGAUGGAGGCUUCUCCAUCAAAUCCUACAUUCUCGAGAAGAGAGAGACCAGCCGCCUACAGUGGACCAAGGUGGCAGAAAACAUCAUGGACUGCAGAUAUGUAGCCUGCAAACUGAUUAAGGGCAAUGAGUACAUCUUCAGAGUGUUUGCUGUGAACCAGUAUGGCAUCGGAGACUCAAGCCAGUCCGGUCCCAUAAAAAUGGUCGACAGUUACCGACCACCAGGCCCACCUUCAAUCCCAGAGGUCGAUAACAUCAGUAGGAACGCUGUCACCAUUUCAUGGAGGAGACCAGUACAGGACGGGGGAAGUGACAUCAGAGGAUAUUGUGUAGAGAGGAAAGAAAGGAGAGGAAUGAGAUGGGUGAGAGCCAGUAAGAGGACGGUCCCUGACCUGCGCUUUAAGGUGCAAGGUCUAACUGAGGGAGUAGAGUAUGAGUUUAGAGUCACUGCAGAGAACAAGGCUGGAUUCGGGGAGCCAAGUGAGCCAUCACAACCUGUGAUGACCAAGGACAUUGUAUAUCCACCUGGUCCGCCAUCCAACGCCAGGAUUACAGACACCACAAAAACCACUGCUUCCUUUGCCUGGGGCAAACCCCACUACGAUGGUGGUCUAGAAGUGGAAGGAUAUAUCGUCGAGUACAAAAAGGAAGGGCAUGAUGACUGGGAGGUGGAGACACAGUAUCCAUUGAAAGCUACUGAUUGUGUCAUUGGUAAACUUCAGAAAGGAGGCAAAUACCACUUCAGAGUCACCGCCAUAAACUCUGAGGGAGUUGGCGAGCCUGCAGAGGUUGAGAACGUGAUCGAACUUGUGGACCAGGAGGCGGUGCCAGAUUUUGAGCUGGACGCUGAACUCAGGAAAACCCUAGUGGUCAGGUGCCGUGCUUCAAUCCGUUUGUUUGUCCCCAUCAGGGGUCGUCCUGUUCCUGAAGUAACCUGGAGCAAAGAUGAUAGCAACCUGAAGAAACGUGCCCACAUUGACAUAACUGAGUCCUACACUCUCCUGGUUAUUCCCGACUGCACCAGAUACGAUGCUGGAAAGUACAACCUUUGUCUCGAGAACGUUGCCGGAAAGAAGACCGGCUUUGUCAACGUGAAGGUUUUGGACACACCAGGACCACCAGUGAACGUCAAGCCUAGAGAGAUCACCAAGAACUCCAUCACCCUCCAGUGGGAAAUCCCUAUAAUCGAUGGUGGUUCUAAGAUUUGCAAAUAUGUUAUUGAAAAGAGGGAGGCCACCAAGAAGGCCUACACAGUUAUUAGCACCACAUGGCAAAAGUGCUCCUUCAAAUUCACAGACCUCGAGGAGGGAGCUUACUACUACUUCCGUAUCUCUGCUGAGAAUGACCUAGGCGUAGGAGAGCCUGCAGAAUCCCCUGAGCCAAUCAGGGUGUCUCAGGCCCCCUCAGCCCCAGAGAACUUGUACGUCACAGAUGUGUCAGAUGACAGUGCUAGUCUGGCGUGGACUAAGCCCCUUCACGACGGUGGCAGCUUGAUCACCGGGUAUGUCAUUGAGACCCAGAAGAAGGACACUGAUCAGUGGGUCCAUGUGGACACCUUGAAGGCCCUGGACUACACCGUCACAGAUCUGGUUCAAGGCGCAGAAUAUACCUUCCGCAUAAUGGCUGUUAAUGCGUCGGGCAGGAGUGACCCGCGCGAGAGCAGGCCCGCCAUUAUCAAAGAGCAGACAUCUGCUCCUUCCUUCGACCUGCGUGGAGUCUACCAGAAGACGGUCAUCGCCAAGGCAGGGGAUCGCAUCAAAGUGGAAAUCCCUGUGCUCGGUAAACCCAGACCUGUGGUUUCCUGGAAGAAGGGAGACAUAGGGCUCAAGGAGACACAAAGAAUGAACGUUGAAACCACUGCAACGUCAACUGUCCUCAACAUCAGUGAGAUAAAGAGGUCUGACGGAGGACAGUACUCCAUGACUGGAAGGAACAUGCUGGGCACAGUGACUGAGACAAUCACCAUCUUGGUCCACGACAUUCCAGGUCCCCCCACUGGUCCCAUAAAGCUGGACGAGGUUUCCUGUGAUUAUGUUCUCAUGUCCUGGGAGGCACCAGAGAAUGAUGGAGGUGUUCCCAUCAACAACUACAUCGUCGAGAUGCGAGAGACCACCGGCACUUCCUGGAUGGAGUUGGCGGCGACAGUGAUCCGCACCACAUUCAAGGCAGCCCGACUAAACACUGGGACGCAGUACCAGUUCCGCGUCAAGGCCCAGAACAGAUAUGGCAUUGGACCAUGCAUUGUUUCUGAACCAGUAGUGGCUGCGUAUCCAUUUGAUGUGCCGGGCCAGCCGGGCACUCCUGUGAUUACUUCUUUCAACAGGGAUGCCAUGACUCUGAGCUGGAAUGAGCCUUCCUCUGAUGGAGGUAGCGUCAUCCUUGGGUAUCACGUGGACAGAAAAGAGAAAAACAGCAUUCUGUGGCAGAGAGUCAGCAAGGCCGUUGUUGUCGGAAAUAUCUUUAAAUCAUCAGGCCUUGUCGAUGGAAUCGGGUAUGAACACCGUGUUAUUGCUGAAAACAUGGCCGGUCUCAGCAAACCAAGCAAACCCUCGCAGACAGUGUACGCGCUUGACCCAGUUGACCCACCAGGCAGACCCGUGGCACUGAAUGUCACCAGACACGAGGUGACCGUAUCGUGGAGCAAACCGGAGGGAGAUGGUGGAUUCUCCAUCACUGGAUACACAGUGGAGAGGAGGGAGAUGCCUAAUGGACGCUGGCUUAAAGCCAACUUCAACAACAUCCUGGAAACCAUCUACACAGUCAGCGGUCUGAUCGAAGAUGCAACUUAUGAAUUCCGCGUGCUUGCUAGAAAUUCAGCGGGCGCUGUCAGUGCUCCAUCCCCGUCAUCUGAGGCAAUCACAUGCAGAGAUGACAUCGAAGAGCCCAGGCUUGAUGUUGAUUCAUCUUAUAGCAGCAAUGUCGUUGUCAUGGCAGGAGAGGUGUUCAAACUGGAGGCCAGUGUGACUGGCAGGCCGAUCCCAUCUCUGGUUUGGACCAAGGAAGAGAAGGAGCUUGGGGAUACAGCCAAACUAGAGAUAAAGACUGGUGACUUCCACACAACCCUAACGAACAAAGACUCCCUGAGGAAGGACGGAGGUGCUUUUACACUCACCGCCAGCAAUCCAGGCGGCUUUGCCAAGUUCACCUACAACGUCAAGGUGCUCGACAGACCCGGGCCACCGGACUCCCUCACUGUUACUGAUGUUGCUGCUGAGAAAUGUGUCCUUAACUGGCUACACCCAACACAUGAUGGCGGUGCAAAAAUCGAGUACUUCAUCAUUCAGAGGCGAGAGACCAGCAGAUUGGCAUGGACAAACGUUGCCACAGACCUUCAGGCAAACAGGUUUAAGGUCACCAAGCUCCUGAAGGGCAAUGAAUACAUCUUUAGAGUCAUGGCUGUCAACAAGUAUGGGGUGGGCGAGCCGCUGGAGACUGACCCCAUCAUCUGUACCAACCCGUAUGUUCCCAGUGACCCCCCACAGCAGCCUGAAGUCACCACCAUUACCAAGGACUCCAUGGUUGUGUGCUGGGAGCGCCCCGAACACGACGGAGGCAGCAGAUUGAACACUUACAUCAUUGAAAGAAGGGAUAAGACUGGCCUGCGCUGGGUGAAAUGUAACAAGAGGACAGUAACAGACCUGCGCUUCAAGGCCUGCGGGCUCACACCAGGACACGAAUAUGAAUUCAGAGUUCUUGCAGAGAACAAUGCUGGUCUAAGCCAGCCUAGUCCUUCCAGUCCAUUCUACAAAGCGGUAGACAGCAUCUUCCAGCCCGGACCCCCAGGCAACCCCAGAGUUCUGGACACGACCAAGUCUUCCGUCACCCUUGCUUGGAACAAGCCGGUGUACGAUGGAGGUUCUGAAAUAACAGGCUACAUUGUAGAGACCUGCCUUCCCGAGGAAGAUGAGUGGACAAUACACACUCCCAAGAAGGGGUGGACAGCCACUUCCUUCACCAUUACCAGCUUGAAGGAAAACCAAGAGUACAAAAUCAACGUUUGUGCAACUAAUUGCGAGGGAGUGGGAGAACCCGCUGCGGUUCCCGGAACCCCCAAGGCUGAAGACAGACAGCUUCCUCCAGAAAUUGAACUUGGAGCCGAGCUGCGUAAGGUGGUCAGCCUCAGAGCCUGUAGCACCCUGAGACUCUUUGUUCCUAUCAAAGGGAGACCGGCACCUGAGGUUAAAUGGUCAAGAGAGCACGGGGAAUCCCUGGACAGAGCUAAUAUUGAAAUCACCUCAUCAUUCACCACUCUUCAGAUCGACAAUGUUGACCGGUUUGAUGCAGGUAAAUACAUGGUGACGGUGGAGAACACCUCAGGAAGCAAAACGGCCUUUAUCAAUGUGCGGGUGCUUGAUACCCCCGGAGCCCCUCAGAAUCUGUUCAUCAAGGAGAUCACCAGAGAUUCUGUUUCCCUCGUUUGGGAUGCUCCUCUCAUUGAUGGUGGCUCCAGAGUCCGCAACUACAUUGUGGAGAAGCGAGAGUCAACCAGAAAAGCCUACUCAACAGUUUGCGCCAGCUGCCAUAAGUCCAGUUGGAAAAUUGGGGACCUGGAGGAAGGAAAGAUGUACUGCUUCAGAGUCCUUGCUGAGAAUGAAUAUGGCAUUGGUCUCCCAGUGGAGACUCCUGAAUCAAUUACUGUGUCAGAGAAGCCUCUGCCCCCAGGUAAAGUGACCCUCCUUGAUGUUACCAGCUCCAGUGUCACACUAUCCUGGGAAAAGCCUGACUACGAUGGUGGCAGCAGAAUCACCGGCUACAAUGUUGAGAUGCAAGGUAAAGGCAGUGAGAAGUGGACCCAGGUCAUGGUUGUAAAGACCAAUUCGGUCGUUGUAACUGGCCUGACACAGGGAGAAGAGUACAUGUUCCGUGUCUCAGCCACCAACGAAAAGGGAGUUAGUGAUCCACGUGGCCUUAGUUUGCCUGUGGUGGCUAAAGACCUAGUCAUCAAACCGACCUUCAAACUGAUUUUCAGCACAUUCAGUGUGCUAGCAGGAGAUGAUCUGAAGAUAGAUGUGCCGUAUGCUGCUUGUCCAAAGGCUACAGCAACCUGGCUCAAAGAUGGCAUUGUUCUCAAGGAGACAACUAGAGUUAAUGCUGAAGCCACAGAUAAACAUCUUCUCCUGGUUAUUAAGGAGGCUUGCAGAGAUGACGUGGGCACAUACACCAUCAAGCUGACCAACACAAUUGGAGAAGCAUCUACAGACCUCAAUGUCAUUGUUCUAGAUAAGCCUGUUCCUCCCACUGGCCCAAUUAAGCUGGACGAGGUUACUGCUGACAGCAUGGUCUUGUCCUGGAAUCCACCAGAGUAUGACGGUGGAUGUGCCAUCAGUAAUUACGUUGUUGAGAAGAGAGACACGUCUACCACUAACUGGCAGAUUGUCUCAGCUACUGUGGCCAGAACCACUAUCAAGGCCGCCCGUCUGAAGACGGGAGUUGAGUACCAGUUUAGGAUUGCUGCAGAGAAUCGAUACGGCAAGUCCUCCUGCCUGCUUUCUGAAACCAUUGUCGCCCAGUAUCCGUUCGAAGUGCCCGGCUCACCCCGUUCUGUGGUGGUCCAGUCAGCCACCAAGGAGAGCAUGGUGAUUGUUUGGGAUACCCCAAGCAGUGAUGGUGGGAGCAAAAUUCUGGGCUACCACUUGGAUCUCAAGGAGAGAAACAGCAUUUUGUGGGUGAAACAGAACAAACAAAUAAUCCCAGAAAAUAGAUUUAAGGCCGUUGGCCUUGAGGAAGGUAUUGAAUAUGAGUUUAGAGUGUAUGCUGAGAACAUUGUUGGCCUCAGCAAAGCCAGCAAACUGAGUGAAAUGCAAGUGGCCAGAGAUCCUUGUGACAGACCAGGAAAACCAGAAGCUGUCAUUGUGACAAGAAACCAAGUGACACUCAGAUGGACCAAACCUGAGUAUGAUGGCGGCAUCAAGAUCACAGGUUAUGUGGUUGAGAAGAAGGAAGGAGCUGGCCGCUGGAUGAAGGCUAGUUUUGCCAACGUCAUUGAGCCUAAAUUUGUUGUCACAGGACUUACAGAAGAUCAGAUUUAUGAGUUCCGUGUCAUUGCCAAGAAUUCAGCAGGCGUCUUCAGCCAGCCUUCUGAUUCCACUGGAUCCAUCACUGCCAAAGAUGAGGUGGAUCCACCCAAGAUUGACAUAGAAGCUAAGUACUCCCAGGCUGUGGUGGUAAAUGCUGGAGAUUCAUUCCGCCUCGAGGCAGGUAUCUCUGGUAAGCCUGUGCCCAAUGUACACUGGCACAAGGAGGGCCGAGAGAUUUCUGACGCUUCCCGCCUCGAGCUCAAGAACACGGACUUUACAGCUUGCCUCGUGGUUAGAGAAGCUAUCCGCGUUGAUGGAGGCCAGUACACUUUGCUGGUAAAGAAUGUUGGAGGAGAAAAAUCUGUUAACAUUAAUGUCAAGGUCCUGGACCGACCAGGUCCACCCGAUGGCCCUAUCUCCAUCUACGGGGUAACCAGUGAGAAAUGCACCAUUGCCUGGAAAUCACCCCUGCAAGAUGGAGGUAGCGAUGUUUCCCACUACAUUGUUGAGAGGAGGGAAACCAGCCGACUGGUUUGGACUGUAGUUGAACAAAAAGUUCAGACACUGAACCUGAAGAUCACAAAACUUCUCCCUGGUAAUGAGUACAUCUUCAGAGUGAUUCCAGUCAACAAAUACGGAGUUGGUGAGCCGCUAGAAUCUGAGCCGAUGAUCGCCAGAAAUCAGUUUGUCACUCCCGAUUCACCGACAGAUGUAGAAGUCUCCACAAUCACCAAGGACUCUAUGGUGGUGACCUGGGAUAGACCGACUAACGAUGGUGGCAGCUCCAUCCAUGGAUACAUCGUUGAGAAACGUGACAAGGACGGUGUGAGAUGGACCAGGUGCAACAAGCGGACAGUGAGCGAGCUGCGCUUUAGAGUGACAGGGCUCCUAGAAAACCACAGCUAUGAAUUCAGAGUUUCUGCUGAAAAUGCUGCUGGAGUUGGAACACCCAGUGCUCCCACGGUGUACUACAAAGCAUUGGAUCCCGUCUUCAAAGCAGGCCCACCAAACAACCCCAAGGUGGUGGACACAUCUAGGUCCACUGUUUCCCUGACGUGGAGCAAACCCAUCUAUGAUGGUGGCUGUGAGAUUCAGGCUUACAUUGUUGAGGCCUGCAAUUCAGCAACUGAUGAGUGGUUUAUGUGCACUCCUCCAACUGGAAUCACAGACACCAAGUUCACGGUAAAAAAGCUUCUGGAGAAGAACGAAUACCAAUUCAGAGUUUGCGCCAUCAACAAAGUUGGUGUCGGGGAGCAUGCUGAUAUCCCAGGAAGGAUUCUGCUGGAGGAAAAGCUGGAGGCUCCGGAUCUUGACUUAGAUAGUGACAUGAGAAAGAUGAUCAACAUUAGAUCAGCAAGUACCCUCAGGCUGUUUGUCCCCAUGAGAGGUCGUCCAGCUCCUGAGGUGAAAUGGGGAAAGGCUGAGGGUGAAAUUAAAAAGACUGCCCUAAUUGACAAUACGAGCAGCUAUGCUUCACUUGUCAUUGAGAAUGUUGACAGAUUUGACACAGGCAAGUACACCCUGACUGCAGAGAAUGCCAGCGGAGUGAAGUCGGUCUUCAUCAGUGUCAGAGUCUUGGAUUCACCUGGCCCACCGGCUAACUUCUUGGUGAAAGAGAUCACCAAGAAUUCCGUCACUCUCACAUGGGAGCCUCCACAUCUGGAUGGCGGCUCAAAGAUCAAGCAUUAUAUUGUUGAGAAGCGUGAGAGCACUAGGAAAGUUUAUUCUCCCAUCACCACCUGCAACAAGAUGUCAUGGAAGGUUGAGCCGCUUCCAGAGGGUGGAAUCUUCUUUUUCAGAGUCCUGGCUGAGAAUGAAUAUGGUGUGGGUCUCCCUGCUAAAACCAUAGAGCCACUUAAGAUAUCUGAAAAGCCUCAGCCCCCUGGUAAAGUCACUGUGGUUGACGUCACUUGUAGCACCGUAACUCUUACCUGGGAGAAGCCUGAGCAUGACGGCGGCAGUAGGAUCAAUUACUACGAAGUUGAAUUGGCACCUAAGGACAGCGAGAAUUGGUCCCUGUGCGCCAGUGGAAAAGCAUUGGAGACUGUAGUGACAAAUCUUCUCAAGGGCGAGGAAUACCAGUUCAGAGUUUUUGCCGUAAAUGACAAGGGCAAAAGUGACCCCAGACAACUGGCUCAAUCUGUUUUAGCUAAGGACCUUGUUAUUGAGCCUUUCGUUAGACCCCACAUGAGCACCUACAGUGUGCAGGUGGGGUAUGACCUGAAGAUUGAGGUGCCAGUUGCAGGUCAUCCCAAGCCAACCAUCACGUGGACAAAGGAUGGAGCAGCCUUCAAGCAGACCACCAGAGUUAACGUCACUGACUCGGCACGUCACACCACCCUCACCAUAAAAGAUGCCACCAGAGAGGAUGGAGGCAUGUACAGCAUCAAUAUUGUCAAUACCCUGGGUUCUAAGGAUGCCACUAUUGAGGUGAUUACCCUGGACAAACCAGGCCCACCAACAGGCCCUGUCAAAUUUGAGGAUGUCAGUGCUGAGAGUAUGACUCUUAACUGGGAGCCUCCGACAUAUACGGGUGGUUGUCCCAUCUCCAACUAUGUUGUUGAAAAGAGAGACACCACAACAACUAACUGGAUAGUCUUAUCUGCCACUCUGGCUAGGACCACGCUAAAAGUGAGCAAUCUGAAGACUGGCAGUGAAUACCAGUUCAGGAUCUAUGCUGAGAACAGAUUGGGAAAGAGUUAUGCAAUCGAUUCAGAGGCUGUUGUGGCUCAGUAUCCGUUCCAGGAGCCCGGCCCUUCGGGCACGCCCUUCGUGUCCACAUACUCUAAAGACUACAUGGUGGUUGAGUGGCACAAACCUCCAUCGGAUGGCGGAAGUGCCAUUUUGGGCUACCAUCUGGAGAGAAAAGAGAAGAACAGUAUCCUCUGGACCAAGAUUAACAAAAUGCUCAUCCAAGACUGCAGGUACAAAUCUGCUCCUCUGGAGGAAGGCAUUGAGUACGAGUACAGAGUCUAUGCUGAGAAUAUUGUUGGCAUUGGAAAAUGCAGCAAAGUCUCUGAGGUUUAUGUAGCCCGUGACCCGUGUUAUCCUCCUGGCCGCCCUGACGCCGUGAUCGUGACCAGGCACUCGGUGAAGCUGAGGUGGACGGCUCCUGAGUAUAAUGGUGGAAGCCUCAUCACUGGCUAUGUUGUGGAGAAACGCAACCUUCCUGAGGGAAAGUGGAUGAAGGCCAGCUUUGCGAAUGUCAUUGAACACGAAUUUACAGUGACCGGUCUGACGGAAGACAGUAAAUAUGAUUUCCGUGUCAUUGCGAGGAAUGCAGCUGGUGCUGUCAGCAAGCCCUCUGAGAGUACAGGAUGCAUCACAGCCAAGGAUGAAAUUGAGCAACCUAAGUGUGAGACAGACUCCAUGUACAACCAAACCAUUGUCAUCAACGCUGGAGAGACUUUCAGUCUGGAGGCCAGUGUGGAGGGAAAGCCCGUCCCCAAAGCGCAGUGGUUCAAGGGAAAUGUUGAAGUUGAAAACUCGGCAAGAGCCGAGAUCAAAAACACAGAUUUUAAGGCUUUGCUCGUUGUGAAGGACGCCAUCAGAGUGGAUGGUGGACAGUACACGCUUGUUGUGACUAAUGUGGCUGGAAGUAAGACUGUCCCAUUCAGCGUGAAGGUCCUGGACAGACCAGGUCCCUCAGAGGGGCCUCUCACCGUCAGCAAUGUGACUGAGGAAAAGUGCUCCCUGUCAUGGUUGCCCCCCAGGCACGAUGGAGGAGCUAGCAUUUCUCACUACGUCAUUCAGAAGAGAGAAACCAGCCGCCUGGCGUGGACCGUAGUCUCCAGUGACUGCGGAGCUACCAUGUUCAAGGUUACCAAACUGUUGAAGGGCAACGAGUACAUCUUCAGAGUCAUGGCUGUCAAUAAAUACGGCACGGGCGAGCCUCUUGAAUCACUGCCAGUCAUCAUGAGAAAUCCAUUUGUUCCCCCCGGCUCACCUCAGGAGCUUGAGAUCACUAACAUUACCAGAGACUCCAUGACCGUCUGCUGGAACCGCCCGGAGGCAACUGGAGGCAGUGAAAUUGUUGGUUACAUCGUUGAGAAGAGAGACAGAGCUGGAGUGAGAUGGACCAAGUGCAACAAGCGUAGAGUGACAGACUUACGUUUCAGAGUGACGGGACUGACUGAGGACCAUGAAUAUGAAUUCAGGGUAUCUGCUGAGAAUGUAGCUGGAGUGGGUCUACCAAGCCCGUCUACAUCUUACCUCAAGGCCUGUGACCCCUCCUUUGAACCGGGCUGUCCCUCCAAUGCCCACGUAGUCAAUGUGACUAAAAACACCAUCGGUUUGGCCUGGCACCGGCCCAUCUAUGAUGGUGGUUGUGAGAUUCAAGGAUAUGCUGUGGAAAUUACUAAGGCCGAUGAAGAGGAAUGGAGCAUAUGCACUCCACCAACUGGAGUCAGUGAAACCAAGUUUACCAUCACUAAGCUGACAGAGCACCAGGAAUACAAGGUGCGCAUAUGUGCCAUCAACAAGCUGGGUGUGGGUGAGCCCACCGAGGUCGAAGGAGUCGUGAAACCAUUGGAUAAGCUCGAUCCUCCUGAGGUGAUUCUGGAUGCAGAGCUAAGGAAAGGAAUAGUUGUCCGUGCAGGGGGCUCAAUGAGAAUCUGCAUUCCAUUCAAAGGCCAUCCUACUCCUGAGAUCAGCUGGGCCAAGGAGGACAGAGCAUUGCCCAGUAAAGCUCGGAUAGACUCUAAUGAAGAAUGCUCACAGCUCUCCAUUGAUAUCUGUGACAAAUAUGAUGCUGGAAAAUACAUCCUCAACUUGGAAAAUACCGCAGGCACCAAAUCAGCUUUUGUUUCCGUUAAAGUUUUGGACACCCCAGGGGCCCCUCUGAAUCUGACCGUAAAAGACAUUAAGAGGGAAAGUGUCACUUUGACCUGGGAGCCUCCUCUUAUUGAUGGAGGUGCAAGAAUCAAGAAUUACCUGGUUGAAAAGCGUGAGUCCAACAGGAAGGUAUACUCCAGCGUGGACAGCAAAUGCACAAAGACGAGCUACCGUAUCACUGGCCUCACUGAGGGGCAAAUCUACUAUUUCAGAGUCUUGGCGGAGAAUGAGUUUGGUGUUGGACAGCCAGCUGAGACAGAAGACUCGGUUAAGACCUCUGAGUCUCCUCUACCAGUUGGUAAAGUCACUUUAACUGAAGUCUCCAAAACAUCUGCCUCCUUCUCCUGGGAGAAGCCAGACCAUGAUGGCGGCAGCCGGAUUAUCGGCUACUACAUCGAGAUGCAGCCGGUGGGUUCAGAAGAGUGGGUGGUGGCCGCCACAACCAAAGCUUGUGAGGGCACUGUCACAAGCCUAAGUGCUGGGCAUGAGUACCUCUUCAGGGUGUCGGCCUUCAAUGAAAAGGGCAAGAGUGACCCCAGGGCUCUGGCUGCACCAGUCACUGCCAAAGACGUUACUACCAUGCCCGGCUUUAAGAUGGCAUUCCACACUUACAGUGUACAGAACGGUGAGGAUCUGAAGAUAGAGAUUCCAGUGAUUGGGCGCCCUGUUCCCAUUGUCGAAUGGAAGAAGGACGGACAAGCUCUUAAGGAGACCACUAGACUAAACGUAUCCAGCACACUGUCAUCUACUAAGCUGUGCAUCAAGGACGCAAAUAGGGAGGAUUCGAGUAAAUACACCAUCACAGCCACCAGCAGUGUUGGUACAGCUUCAGAGGAGAUCACCGUCGUCGUCCUGGAAAAGCCCGGCCCACCCACAGGCCCUGUAAAGAUUGAGGAGGUGAGCUCCAACUACGUCAACCUCUCGUGGGAGCCACCAGAGUAUACUGGAGGCUGUCAAAUCAACAACUACAUUGUGGAAAAGAAAGAUACCACCACAACAGCAUGGCAGAUUGUGUCUGCCACCAUUGCCAGAACAACCAUUAAAGUAACCAACUUAAAGACUGGAACUGAGUAUCAAUUCAGAGUGUCUGCUGAGAAUAGAUAUGGAAAGAGUUCUGCCAUUGUCUCUUCCAAUGUUAUUGCCCAGUAUUCAUUCAGUGAGCCUGCUGCUCCUGGAACACCAACUGUUUCUGCUGCAACCAAGGAGAGCAUGGUUGUUGAGUGGAAAGCCCCUACCAACAACGGAGGUAGCCCAGUCAUAGGCUAUCACCUGGAGAGAAAGGAGAAGAACAGCCUCUUGUGGACCAAACUCAACAAGCUUCUAAUCCCAGAUGCACGUUUCAAGACUUCAGACCUGGAGGAAGGAAUUGAGUAUGAAUUCAGAGUUUAUGCUGAGAACAUUGCUGGAAUCAGCCCCGUUAGCAAGGUCUCCGAGAGCAGAGUAGCCAGGGACCCCUGUGACCCACCAGGCACUCCCGAGGCCAUUGAUAUCACCAGAAAUCAUGUGACGCUUCAGUGGACAAGUCCUCAAUAUGAUGGAGGCAGUAGAAUCACUGGCUAUGUGAUUGAGAGGAAGAAGCACCCAGAUACCCGCUGGAUGAAGGCCAGCUUCACCAACAUCAUUACUACCCAGUACACACUCACCGGCCUGACUGAGGGCUGUGUUUACGAGUACAGAGUCAUUGCCAGGAACGCUGCUGGGAUCUUCAGCCGACCUUCUCAGGGCACAGGAGAGAUUACUGCCAAAGAUGACAUUGUGGCUCCAGAGGCCAACAUGGAUUCUAAAUUCCAGAAUACUACUGUCGUUAGUGCCGGUGAGACGUUUGUCAUCGACGCUGAUUAUACUGGCAUGCCUCUGCCUGAAGUCUUUUGGUUAAAAGAUGGGAAAGAGAUUGACAAACUCACACCGAGAAUGGAGGUCAACACCACCCUCACUCGUACUAUCCUGACAGUCAAGGACUGCAUCAGAGUGGACGGUGGCCACUUUUCCCUUAAACUUGUCAAUGUAGGAGGAGUCAAGAUGGUCCCAGUUAAUGUUAAAGUUCUGGAUAGACCUGGUCCUCCAGAUGGUCCACUGGAAGUCAAAGGGGUCACAGCGGAAAAAUGUUAUCUGCACUGGAACCAUCCCUCACACGAUGGUGGAGCCAGCAUCUCUCACUACAUCAUUGAGAAGAGGGAGACUAGUCGUUUGUCGUGGACCGUUGUCGAGCCCAAGAUUCAGGCCAUCAGCUACAAAAUCACAAAACUGCUGCCUGGCAAUGAAUACAUAUUUAGAGUCACUGCUGUGAACAAAUAUGGUGUUGGUGAACCUUUGGAAUCUGGGCCUGUUAUUGCUCGUAACCCCUUCACCGUUCCCAGUGCCCCCUCCACCCCGGAGACCAGCGCUAUCACCAGGGACUCCAUUGUGCUUACAUGGGAGAGACCGGAGCACAAUGGUGGAGCCGAGAUUGAAGGCUACAUCCUUGAAAAACGUGAUAUGGAUGGCAUCAGAUGGACUAAGUGCAAUAAGAAGAGACUGAGUGACCUGCGUUUCAGGUGCAGUGGCCUAACAGAGGGACACUCCUAUGAAUUCCGGAUCUCAGCUGAAAAUGCUGCUGGUGUGGGAAAGCCCAGUCCACCAACUGAUUACAUCAAAGCCUGUGAUGCCAUUUAUCCACCAGGUUCUCCGAAUAACCCCAAAGUCACCAACCAUUCAAGCAGCACAGUUUCCCUGUCCUGGUCCAGGCCCAUCUAUGAUGGUGGAGCACCGAUAAGCGGAUAUGUUAUUGAAAUGAAGGAGGCGGCCGGCGAUGAAUGGAUCACCUGCACACCGCCCACUGGUGUUCCGGCUACUCACCACACUGUAAAGCAUCUGAAGGAGAAUGCAGAGUACAACUUCCGCAUCUGCGCCGUUAACUGUGAGGGAGUAGGAGAUCACGUGGACCUAUCUGGUUCUGUGAUCGCAGCAGAGAAGCUGGAGGCCCCUGAAAUAGAACUGGAUGCGGACCUGAGGAAGAUGGUCAAUGUUCGUGCCUCCGCCACUCUGCGUCUGUUUGUGCCUAUCAAAGGAAAGCCGGAGCCAGAGGUCAAAUGGUCAAAGGCCGAGGGCGCUUUGAAUGAGCGGACCCAGAUUGAAGUCACAAGCUCUUACACAAUGCUGAUGAUUGAGAAUGUCGAUAGAUUCGACACCGGAAAAUAUGUACUGAACCUGGAGAACCUCAGUGGUUCUAAAUCAGCCUUCAUCAAUGUCAGAGUACUGGACUCCCCCAGCGCUCCUACCAACCUGGUGGUUAAGGAUGUAAAGAGAACUAGUGUCUCUCUCUCCUGGGAGCCUCCCUCAAUAGAUGGUGGGGCUAAGAUAUCCCACUAUAUUGUUGAGAAGAGGGAACAGAAGAGAAUGGCCUUCACAAGUGUUUGCACCAACUGUGUGAGGAACUCCUACCUGAUUUCUGACCUGCAGGAGGGAGGCCGAUACUAUUUCCGCGUGUUGGCUGUGAACGAGCUGGGAGUGGGUCUGCCUGCCUCCACAGAUCAAGUCAAGGUGGCCGAGGCUCCUUUGCCUCCUGGGAAGAUUGUCCUGGUUGAUGUAACUCGUCAUACGGUCUCUCUUUCCUGGGAGAAGCCCGAUCACGAUGGAGGCAGCAAGAUUACAAACUUCAUUGUUGAGAUGCAGCCAAAGGGAGAAGACAAAUGGUCUGUGUGCAGUGAAGUCAAAGCACUGGAAGCUACAAUUGGUGGACUCACAACUGGUGAGGAAUAUUCCUUUAGGGUCAUUGCUGUCAAUGAUAAGGGGAAGAGUGAUGCUAAGCCUCUGGCCACCCCCGUGCUUGUGAAGGACUUCACGAUGGAGCCCGUCAUCAAGCUGUUGUAUGACACAUACAGCGCAAAAGCGGGAGACGACCUGAAGAUCGAUGUUCCCUUCAGAGGCAGACCGCAGCCGGAGGUCUCCUGGAAAAAGGACGGCCAAGUGCUUAAGCAGACAACAAGGGUUAAUGUCCUCACUUCAAAGACCUCAUCCAAGAUUGUCAUAAAGGAUGCAACCAAGGAUGAUGUCGGGAAGUAUGUGAUUACUCUUACAAACUCAGUUGGCACCACCACAGCUGCAAUAUCAGUUAUAAUCCUGGACAAACCUGGCCCGCCCAGCAACAUUAAGAUGGAUGAGGUGAGCGCUGACUUCAUCUCUCUGUCAUGGGAUCCUCCAACCUAUUAUGGUGGAUGUCAAAUCAACAACUAUGUUGUGGAGAAGAGAGACACUACCACAACGUCAUGGCAGAUUGUCUCGGCUACAGUAGCCAGGACAUCAAUCAAGGUGACUCGUCUCUCUCAGGGAACAGAGUAUCAGUUCCGCGUUGCAGCUGAGAACCGUUACGGCAAGAGUUCUGCAAUUGACUCCGCUCCCGUUACUGCUCAGUAUCCCUUCGAGCCUCCUGGCCCUCCAACCAAUGUCCAUGUCUCCCAUGCCACCAAGUAUGGCAUGCUCGUGGUAUGGGGCAGACCUGCCACGGAUGGUGGCAGCCCUGUAACUGGUUAUCACAUUGAAUGCAAAGACCAAAGCAGCAUCCUCUGGACCAAGGUCAACAGAGGUCUGCUGGCUGAGAACCAGUUUAAAAUGACAGGCGUUGAAGAAGGCCUGCUGUAUCAGUUUAGAGUCUACGCUGAGAAUAUGGCUGGAAUUGGUCCUUGCACUAAAGCCAGUGACCCUGUUCCAGCCCGGGAUCCAUGUGAGUCUCCACGUAAUCUUAGAGUCACCAACAUCACCAGAACCUCAGUUUCCCUCUUCUGGGAGAAGCCAGAGUAUGAUGGCGGAAUAAUGGUGACCGGGUACAUUGUUGAGCGUAAAGAACUUCCCAACGGCCGCUGGCUUAAAUGCAACUUCACCAACGUGCAAGACACCUACUACGAUGUCACAGGCCUCACAGAAGAUGUCCAAUAUGACUUCCACGUCAUUACUAAGAAUUCUGCAGAGCUGUUGAGUGCUCCCUCGGAGAGCACUGGUCCUGUCACAGUCAAGGAUGAUGUUGACCCUCCCACUAUUAUCCUGGAAGAUAAGUUCAGACAGCUGGUUGUCACGAAGGCUGGAGAGAUCAUUCGAAUUGAUGCAGAAAUCACGGGCCGUCCACUCCCAGUCGUAUCAUGGUCAAAGGAUGGGAAGGAGAUUGAGGAGAAGGCCAGGUGUGAAGUCACCUCCACCAACUUUGCAACGACGUUGAUUGUAAGAGACGCUAUUAGGAGGGACUCGGGCCAGUACGUGCUGACCUUGCACAAUGUUGCAGGAACCAGGUCUGUUGCUAUCAACUGCAAAGUUCUGGACCGACCUGGACCUCCCUCUGGACCGUUGUCGGUCGCCGGUCUGACGGGCGAGAAAUGCACCAUAAACUGGGGCCCCCCCCAGGAGAACGGCGGAGCGGAGGUUAUGCACUACAUUGUGGAGAAACGCGAGACCAGUCGUCUCACCUGGACUCUUGUCUAUGGUGACAUGAAGGCAACCACCUGUAAAGUGACCAAGCUGCUCCGAGGAAACGAGUACAUCUUCAGAGUCCGGGGGGUCAACAAAUACGGGGAUGGUGAGGCCCUGGAGAGUGAGCCAACAAGGGCCGUAAAUCCUUUCACUGUGCCCGCCCCUCCCACUAAUGUACAGGUCACCUCAAUUACCGCCGAGGCUAUGACCAUUUGCUGGGAAAGACCAGUAUCUGAUGGCGGCAGCAGUAUCUCUGGCUACGUCAUUGAAAAGCGUGAAAAGACCGGCCUUCGCUGGUGCCGUGUCAACAAGAAACCUGUUUAUGACCUCAGAGUCAAAGCUUCACACCUUCGGGGCGGCGGUGAGUACGAGUACAGAGUGUUUGCAGAGAACUCCGCAGGCCUCAGUGCUCCCAGCGCGGUCUGCCCACUGACAAAGGCUGAAGACCCUCUGUUCCUGCCUUCACCUCCCGCUAAGCCAAAGAUCAUCGACUCUACAAAGACGACAGCCACCCUGUCAUGGAAUAAGCCACUAUUUGAUGGUGGAUCCCCUGUGACCGGCUACAGAGUCAAAUACAGGAAUACUGCAGAUGAUGAAUGGAUUACUGCUGUCCAGAAUACCAAGAACACAGAGUUUACAGUGGUGGGAUUGACACCUGGGGCAGAAUAUGUGUUUGUUGUUAAAUCCAUUAACAAGAUCGGAGCCAGCGAGCCCAGUCCUGAAUCUGACAAACAGGUUGCCAAAGAAAGAGAGGAGGAGCCAGUCUUUGACAUCAGCAACGAUAUGAGGAAGACUCUUAUUGUGAAGGAUGGUAGCUCAUUCACCAUGACAGUACCCUUCAGAGGCAAACCCAUCCCCGCUGUAUCGUGGACUAAGCCUGAUAUUGAUCUUAGAGUUCGUGCUGUCAUUGACACCACAGACAGCUUCACCUCCAUCACCUUAGAGAAAGCAACUCGCGAUGACUCUGGCAAAUACACCAUCACCUUGUCUAGCGUAGCUGGAACAGCCACCUUGACACUCAACGUCAGAGUGUUGGAUUCCCCUGGACCUCCUGCCCAUGUACAGGUUAAGGACGUGACCAGGACCUCUGCCACUGUAACUUGGGACACCCCUGAGAAUGAGGGAGGAGGACCGGUCAAGAACUACCUUGUUGAUAUCCGUGAGGCCAGCAAAAAGGGCUGGACCAGGUUGACUGACACUUGCAGCAGACUGACAUACAAGGUGAUGGACGUGCUGGAGGGCGGAGUCUACUUCUUCAGAGUGACAGGCGAGAACGAGUACGGUGUCGGUGUUUCCGCUGAGACCAAAGACGCCACCAAGAUCACAGAAAAACCAAGCCCACCACCAAAGCUGGGUGUGACUGAUGUUACCAAGGAGAGUGUGUCCCUUGUCUGGGCUAAACCAGAACACGACGGAGGCAGCAGAGUUACUGGAUACUUGGUGGAAGCUCUGGAGAAUGGCCAGGAGAAGUGGGUUAAGUGUGGGCUGACCAAGUCCGUCCACUUCACAGUGUCUGGUCUGAGGGAGAAUGCUGAGUACUUCUUCAGAGUCAGAGCAGAGAACCAUGCUGGCUUCAGUGACAUUAAGGAAAUGCUCACCCCAGUAGUGGUCAAAGACCAGCUUGAAUCCCCCGAGAUCAACAUGAAGGACUUCCCCCACAACACAGUGUAUGUGAGAGCCGGCUCCAACCUCAAGUGUGAGAUCCCACUGACGGGCCGGCCCAUGCCCAAAGUCUCUCUGUCCAAGGAUAACGUCCCGCUCAAGUCAACAAUGAGGUUCAACUCUGAGGUCACCCCUGAUGGCAUCAAGAUCACUCUGCGGGAGAGCAUUGCUGGAGACUCCGGACGCUACGACAUCACUGCCUCCAACUCCAGUGGAACCACCAAGUCCUUUUUGAAUAUAAUGGUCCUGGACCGCCCCAGUGCUCCGGUUGGACCCGUGGAGCUCUUUGACGUCACAGAGGACAGCGUGAGCCUCAAUUGGUUGCCACCCGUAUAUGAAGGUUGCAGCCCCAUCACCAACUACAUCGUCCAGAAGAGAGAGACCACCACUGCCAACUGGAUGGAUGUCUCUUCUGCUGUGGCCCGCUGCACCAUGAAGAUCAUGAAGCUGACCACCGGCCUGGAGUACCAGUUCAGAAUUAGGGCUGAGAACAGAUAUGGAAUCAGCGAGCACAUUGACUCGCCGGCCGUCACUGUCAGCCUGCCUUACACUCUUCCUGAUGCUCCAUCAACUCCAGAGGUCACUCGCGUAACCAGGGAGACCAUCACGGUAGCCUGGAAGGAGCCCCAGUCGGACGGCGGAAGCCACGUGUUCGGCUACCACCUCCAGAUGAAAGACCGCAACAGCCUCAUUUGGCAGAAGGUCAACAAAAUGGUGAUCCGUGCAAAUCACUACAAGGUCAUCAACAUCUAUGCUGGACUUAUUUACGAGUUCAAGGUGGCAGCAGAGAACGCGGCCGGAGUCGGUGCCUUCAGCAAGCUGUCUGAUGCAGUGUUGGCUAUUGAUGCCUGUGAGCCGCCCACCGACCUCCGUAUAAGUGACAUAACCAAGAACUCCAUCAGCCUGGUCUGGCAGAGGCCGAACUACGACGGCGGCUCCCCAAUCACCGGUUACGUUAUUGAGAAGAGAGAUAGCGGGAACGCCAGGUGGUUCAAGGCCAACCUCGGCAAUGUCUCAGAAAGCCGCUUCACUGUGACCGGCCUGACCCAGGACGAGACGUACGAGUUCAGAGUCAUGGCCAAGAACGCCGUGGGCUCGGUGAGCAACCCGUCCAUGACAGCUGGACCGGCCACAUGUGUGGACACCUACGGUGCUCCGGAGAUUGAAAUACCUCAAGAGUACUUCAGCGAAGUCAAGCACAUGGCCGAAUCCAAUGUGGAGCUCAAGUUUAAUAUCACAGCCAAACCUGCUCCCACCAUCGAGUGGUUUAAGGACGGCAGAGAGCUUGAGAAAACCGCCCAGCUCUCUUUCAAACACACAUUCGAGUCCACCAGUUUGUUCCUGAAGGAAACCACUCGCCACAACUCUGGAGUGUACGAGGUGAAGGUGAAGAACUCCAUGGGGACGGCGAGCGGCACCGUCAGGCUGGUCAUUCAAGACAAGCCAGGCCCCCCCGAUGGAGAGAUUCAGCUUAAGAAGGUGACAGCCGACAACAUCACCAUCAUGUGGUCGCCUCCUGCUGACGAGGGCGGCGCCAUGGUGACGCACUAUAUUGUGGAAAAGAGGGAGACCAGCAGGGUCAUGUGGUCCAUCAUCUCAGAGAAAUUGGUGGACUGCAUUGUUAACGUGCCCAGGCUCAUCCAGGGCAAUGAGUACAUCUUCAGGGUCCGUGGAGUCAACAAGUACGGCGUCGGGGAACCACUGGAGUCCCAACCUGUAGUCGCAAAGAACUCAUUUGUUGCUCCUAGUGAGCCGUCCAAGCCCAAAGUGACCAUGAUCACCAAAUCCACCAUGACGGUGAUCUGGGAAAGGCCGGCGUUGGAUGGAGGCAGCGACAUCGACGGCUACUACCUGGAAAAGAGGGAGAAGAAGAGUCUGCAGUGGUUCAAGGUGGUGAAGGGCACCAUCAGAGACACCAGGCAGAAAGUCACCAACCUGUCAGAGAACAACGAGUACCAGUACAGAGUGUGUGCUGUCAACAAGGCUGGAGCAGGAAACUACUCUGAGGCUUCUGACCUCUACAAGGCCUACGACCCCAUCGAUCUGCCUGGUGAGCCAUCCAAGCUGCGUGUGGUGGACUCCACAAAGACCUCCAUCACCCUCGGCUGGGAGAAGCCCGUCUAUGAUGGCGGCAGUGAAGUCACACACUACGUUCUGGAGCAGCUGAACACAGAGGAAAAGGAUUGGGUGACCGUCAACCCGCAGGUCAAGACCUGCGAGUACGUCGUGUCUCACCUCAAACCAGGAAGCUACUACUUCUUCAGAGUCUUUGCUGUCAACUGCAAGGGCAAAGGAGAAGACAUCAAAAUGUACCAGCCUGUGCAGGCCAAAGAUAUAUUGGAGGAGGCUGAUUUGGACUUGGACGUUCCCAUGAAGACUCAGUACACCGCCAGGGCGGGCAGGGACGUGCUGGUGUUUAUCCCCCUGAAGGGACGGCCCACCCCCAACGUUACAUGGCGCCGCUGCGACCGCAACAUCGCAGCCGACAACCGCUACACCAUCACCAACACUGAACGGGCCACCACCCUGCUCAUCCCCAAGGUCACGCGUGACGAUCGCGGCAAGUACCUGCUGGAGAUUGAGAACGGCGUGGGAGAACCCAAGAUAAUCUCCGUCUCCCUGAAGGUUCUGGACAGUCCGGCCACCUGCCAGAAACUGAUGGUCAAGAACGUGACCAGAGGAAAGCUCACCCUGAGUUGGGAGGCUCCUCUCAUUGAAGGCGGUUCGCCGGUCACUCAUUACAUCGUGGAGAAGAAGGCCUCCACAAUGAAGGCCUACCAGGUGAUAAAUGCCGAAUGGGCCAACACUUCUUACAAGGUGUCGGGCCUAGAGGAGGACAUAGCUUACUUCUUCCGUGUGUCUGCUGAAAAUGAGUACGGUGUGGGCGACACCUGCGAAACCAGCGAGCCUGUAAGAGCCACGGAGACACCAGGAGCCGUGAAGAACCUUGUGAUGGCGGACUCCACAAAGUCCUCUGUUACCCUGCAGUGGACCAGACCCGACCACGAUGGUGGCAGCUACAUCACCGAAUACGUCAUCGAGAAGAGAAGCUCGGAAGAAGCCAACUGGUCCUUGGCAGCGACAUGCAAGCGCUUGAACUGUGAAGUGACGGGACUCAAGGAGAACGCCGUCAUGGACUUCAGAGUGUUUGCCAAGAACGAGAAGGGCAACAGUGACUUCUCCAUGAUCACUGACAUCCCAGUGAUUGACUUCAUCAUUCAACCCGAAGCCAGUCUAAGUGACUACCCCAACGGUGAGCUAGCUGUUCGUGUUGGCCAGAACAUCCACAUUGAGCUGCCCUUCAAGGGUAAACCACGACCUGCAAUCAGCUGGCUAAAGGACAACUUGCCCCUGAAGGAAAGUGAUAAGAUCCGCUUCAGGACCACUGACAACAAGACCGCAGUCACAGUCAGAGGAGCCAAGAAGGAGAAUGCCGGCCAGUACACCUUGGUUCUGGACAACAGAGUGAUAAAGAAUUACUUUGACAUCAAUGUGACCACUCUGGGGCCCCCCUCAGUGCCGGUUGGACCCAUCCGCUUCGACGAGAUUAAAGCUGAGAGUAUCAUAAUUUCCUGGGACGAGCCGAAGGAGGACGGAGGUGGAGAGAUCACCUGCUACAGCGUGGAGAAGCGUGAGAUCUCUCAGUCCAACUGGAAAAUGGUCUGCUCCAGUGUCGUCAGGGCCACCUUCAAGAUUCCCAACCUGGUGAAGGGAACUCAGUACCAGUUCAGAGUCCGUGCAGAGAACAAAUACGGUGUCAGCGAAUCACUCACCUCCUCAGAAAUCCUCGCCGAACACCAGUACAAACCCCCGGGUCCGGCAGCGAAGCCGGUAGCCUACAACGUCACCAGCGACGGGAUGACCAUCCGAUGGGAGGCCCCAGGCUUCGACGGAGGCUCCCCCAUUCUGGGCUACCAUGUUGAAAAGAAGGACAGAAACAGCCUCCUGUGGCAGAAGGUGAACUCCUCCAUCAUCUCCAACAAGGAGUACCGGAUCAACGGCCUGAUCGAGGGCCUGGAGUACUCCUUCAGAGUGUACGCCGAGAACAAAGCCGGACUCAGCCCCGUCAGUGAGCAGAGCAAACACGCGCUCGCCAUCUCCCCCGUUGAUCCACCUGGAAACCCCCUCUGCAUUGACGUAACCAGAGACUCGGUCACCCUGCAGUGGGAGAUCCCCAAGAAGGAUGGUGGCAGCAGAAUCGUUGCCUACAGUGUGGAGCGGCGCCAAGGUAGAGGCAAAUGGCUGCGAUGCAACUUCACCGAUAUCUGCGAGACCCAGUACACCGUGACCGGUCUGUCCGCCGGAGACCGCUUUGAGUUCAGAAUCAUCGCCAGGAAUGCCGUGGGCACAGUGAGCCCACCUUCCAACUCCUCUGGAUACAUCAUGACCAAAGAUGAGAGCAUUACCCCUGAGAUCGAGUGGGCUCCAGACCAGGUGACCACCCUGAAGGCUGGUGAGAACAUCAAGCUCAACUGCAGCAUCACUGGGCGUCCCGUCCCCCAGGUCCUCUGGUAUAAGGAUGGCAAAGAGAUCGACAAGAGGACCAUGUAUGACAUUGAGAUUACCAGCGGCAUCGGCGCCAGCAGUCUUUUCAUCCGUGAUGCCGACAGGAACCACCGUGGCAUCUACAGCGUGGAGGCCAAGAACAGCUCCGGCAGCAGGAAAGCUGACGCCAACGUCCGAGUACAAGACACCCCCGGGCCUGUUGAGGGUCCCAUCCGUUUCACCGGUGUCACGGCUGAGAAGUGCACCGUGUGGUGGAACCCACCAGAGAACGACGGCUGCGCCGCCAUCACCCACUACGUGGUGGAGAAGAGGGAGACCUCCAGGAUCUCCUGGGCCUUGGCCUCAUCCAAAUGCGAAGCCUGUUCUUUCAAUGCUGCCAACCUCAUCAAGGGCAACGAAUACCAGUUCAGAAUCUCUGCCGUCAACAAGUUUGGUGUCGGCAAACCACUGGACUCUGAUGCCAUCAUCGCACAGAUGCAGUACACUGUGCCCGAUGCCCCGGGUACCCCAGAUUCAACUCACGUGACUGGAAACAGCAUCACCGUGUGCUGGACCAGGCCCAGGUCGGAUGGAGGUAAUGAAAUCAAGCAUUACAUCCUGGAGAGGAGAGAGAAGAAGAGCCUGCGCUGGGUGAAGGUCUCCUCCAAGAGGCCCAUCACUGAGCUGAGACACCGUGUCAUCAACCUCACCGAGGGCAACGAGUACGAGUUCCGCAUCAUGGCUGAAAACGGUGCUGGAAUCGGACCGGCCAGCAGUACUUCCAGACUCUUCAAAUGCAAGGAGCCGACCAGUGCUCCCAGUGCCCCCACAUUAAUAAAGGUCACAGACUCCACCAAGUCCUCCGUCACCCUGGAAUGGACCAAGCCAGUCUUCGAUGGAGGCCUGGAAAUCAUUGGCUACAAUAUCGACAUGUGCAAGGCCAGCCUGGAGGAGUGGCACAGAGUCAACAACCAGCUGUGCAUCGACACCACUUACACUUCCAAGGGACUGGUUACCGGAGAGUUCUAUAAGUUCAGGGUCAGCGCUGUGAAUGGAUCUGGGGAGGGCGAAGCCUCGGUGAUGGCCAGCUCUGUUCAGGCUCUGGACAGACUCACGUCUCCUGAAAUCCAACUGGACGCCAACUUCAAGCAGACUCACAUCGUGAAGAACGGCGGCACUGUCACCCUUCAAGUCGCCUUCCGCGGCAAACCAGCUCCUCUCGCCACUUGGUCCAAGAUCGAUGGUGAGCUGCCCGUCAUGGGCGAUAUCAGCACCACAGACUCCUCCUCCACGCUGACCAUCGAGGGCUGCACGCGGUACGAAGCGGGCAAAUACGUCCUGUCCCUGGAGAACAACAGCGGGCGCAAGGCCAUCACGUUCACCGUCAAAGUGCUGGACACGCCCGGACCUCCGGGAGCCAUCACAUUCAAGGACGUGAUCCGCGGAGCUUUGACCAUUAUGUGGGACGCCCCCACCAACGACGGCGGAGCCCGAAUCCACCACUACAUCGUUGACAAGCGCGAGGCCAGCCGCCUCGCCUGGCAGGAAGUCAGCAACAAGUCCUCCCGACAGAUGAUCCGGGUAACCGGUCUGGACAUCGGCGUGCCGUACCUCUUCAGGGUGACGGCUGUCAACCAGUAUGGCCAGGGAGAAGCUCACGAGAUGACGGAGCCCAUCAUUGCCACGGAGGAACCCGCCCCGCCCAAGAGACUGGAUGUUGUCGACACCACCAACUCCACAGCCUCCCUGGUGUGGCUGAAGCCCGAGCAUGACGGAGGCAGCCGCAUCAGAGGCUACAUCGUCGAAUUCAGAGCUAAAGGCUCCGACCUCUGGGUCGUUGGUGGAGAGACCAAAUCCCAGAAGAUGCUGUUGGAGGGUCUGGUUUACAACACAGAGUAUGACUUCAGAGUCAAGGCCAAGAACGACGCUGGAGUCAGUGAGCCUCAGGGCACCUUCAGUUCUGUGGUCAUUAAAGAGCCUUGCAUUGAACCAACCGCUGACCUCAGCAGCAUCACCAACCAGCUGGUCACCUGCAAGACCUCCAGCACCUUCACCAUCGACAUCCCCAUCAGCGGCAGGCCGGCGCCAAAGGUCACCUGGAGGCUGGAGGAGAUGAAGCUGAAGGAGACCGACAGGGUGCUCAUCAGCACCACAAAGGAGAGGACCACUCUGGUGGUGAAAGACAGCAAGAGAAGCGACAGCGGAAAGUACUACCUGAGCCUGGAGAACGCUGCCGGCGUCAAGACGUUCACAGUGACCGUGUCUGUUGUCGGCCGACCAACUCCACCCACCGGCCCCGUGGACAUUUCUGGAGUCUCCUCGGAGUCCUGCACCCUGGCCUGGUCCGAGCCAGCCGACGACGGCGGCAGUGACAUCACCAACUACAUCGUGGAGAAACGAGAGUCCGGCUCUGCCUCUUGGCAGGUAGUCAACUCCAGUGUGAAGAGAACCACCAUCAAAGUGACUCACCUCACCAAGUACAUGGAGUACACCUUCAGGGUCUGCGCCGAGAACAAGUACGGAGUCAGCAAGUCCACCGAGUCUGCUUCCGUUGUGAUCGAGCAUCCAUACAUUGCUCCAAGUCCUCCAAGUCGUCCAGAUGUGACAUUCGUGUCCGCCAGCGCCAUCGGCAUCAAAUGGGAGGUGCCGUAUGACGACGGCGGCAGCAAGGUGACGGGCUACUGGAUUGAGAAGAAGGAGAGAAACACCAUCCUGUGGGUGAGGGAGAACAAGCUGCCCUGCCUGGAGUGCCACUACAAGGUGUCCAGCCUGAUCGAGGGCCUGGAGUACCAGUUCAGGGUGUACGCCAUGAACAUCUCCGGAUACAGCAAGGCCAGCGGGGCUUCCAGACCUGUGGUGGCUCUCAAUCCUGUUGAUCCUCCUGGUAAACCCGAGGUGACGGACAUCACCCGGUCCUCCGUGUCCUUGUGCUGGACCGUGCCGCAGAACGACGGCGGCAGCAGGAUCGUGGGCUACGUGGUGGAGAGGAAAGUCCACUGCACGGACGAGUGGGACGACAACCGCUGGCUCAAGUGCAACUACACCACCAUCAGCGAGAACUACUUCACCGUCACCAACCUGGGAGACGGGGAGACCUUCGACUACCGCGUCAUCGCCAAGAACGCCACCGGCGUGCACAGCGCCCCCUCAGAGGUCACCGGGCCGGUCACCUGCAAGGACGAAUACUCUCCCCCUAAAGCCGAGCUGGACGGUAAGCUGCUAGGUGAGACCAUCACGGUCAUUGCCGGCUCUGACCUGGUCCUGGACGGCGCCGUGGGGGGCAAACCGGAGCCCACGGUUUACUGGGCAAAGGGCGACAAGAUUUUGGAGCUGGGUGAGAAAUACUCGCUGACCUACACCGCCAGCAGAGCCAUGGCCGUCAUCAAGAGCUGCGACAGGUACGACACGGGCCGAUACGUCCUGACCGCCAAGAACGCCGGCGGAACCAAGACCGUGGCCGUCAGUGUUAAAGUUCUGGACACUCCCGGGGCUCCGGCGGAUAAGAUCUCCAUCAGCAGAGUGACGGAGGAGAAGUGCACGGUGUCCUGGAAGAUUCCUCUGGAGGACGGCGGAGACACCGUCAGCCAUUACAUCGUGGAGCGCCGCGAGACCAGCCGCCUCAACUGGGCCAUCAUGGAGACGGAGUGCAAGGCGCUGUCCUGCGUCAGCUCCCGGCUGAUCAAGGGCAACGAGUACGUCUUCAGGGUCAGAGGAGUCAACAAGUUCGGGCCCGGAGUUCCUAUCGAGUCUGAGCCCAUCAUCGCCAGGAACGCCUACACCUUCACCUCCCAACCGGGCGCUCCUGAGGCCACUGCGGUGGGCAAGGAGCACGUCGUCAUCGAGUGGCUGAAGCCCGAGAGCGACGGUGGCAGCGAGAUCAAAACCUACCUGGUGGACAAGCGGGAGACGAGCAGCACCAGGUGGACUCGGGUGAACAAGAACUUCACCAUCUACGACACCCGUCUGAAGAUCACGGGCCUGCUGGAGGGAAGCGAGUACCAGUUCAGGGUUACAGCCGUCAACGCUGCCGGAGACAGCCAGCCGAGCGACGCCUCGGCGUACAUCCUCUGCAAAGAACCCACAUAUACCCCAGCUCCUCCAUCGAUGCCUCGCAUUACCGACACCACCAAACACAGCAUCAGCAUGACUUGGACCCGGCCCAUGUACGACGGAGGCUCCGACGUCAGCGGCUACGUGGUGGAGAUCCUGGAGGAGGGAACCGAACAGUGGUACCGCGCCACGAUCAAGGCCCUCAAGACCAACAACUACGUGGCCGCCGGCCUGGCCUCCAACAAGAAGUACAGGUUCAGAGUAGCAGCCAUCAACAGCAAAGGCACCGGGGAGUUCAGCGAAGCGAGCGCCGAGGUGGAGCCGCUGGAGAAGAUCGAAAUGCCCGACCUGGAGCUGGCCGAGGACCUGAAGAAGACGGUGUGUCUGCGCGCCGGAGGAACCAUGCGCCUGCUCGUGUUCGUCAGCGGCCGUCCGGCCCCCGUGGUGAGCUGGAGGAAGACGGGCGUGGAGCUGCAGAGCCGCGGCUACAUCGAGAACACCGACAGCUUCACCGCACUGACGAUGGAGAACAUCAACCGCUACGACUCCGGGAAAUAUGUUGUGGAGGCGGAGAACCCGUCCGGCAAGAAGUCAGCCACCAUCUUGGUCAAAGUCUACGACACGCCUGGUCCUCCAGGUUGUGUGAACGUCAAGGACUACACCAAGGAGUCGGUCGUGAUCACCUGGGACGUCCCGAGCAUCGACGGCGGCGCACACGUCAGCAACUACAUUAUCGAGAAGCGUGACGCCAACAUGAAGUCCUACAAGACCGUCACCACCGAAUGCAGGAAGACGCUGUUCAGGAUCAGCGGCCUGGAGCAGGGCGUGCACUACUUCUUCAGAGUGCUGGCCGAGAACAUCUACGGCAUCGGCGAGCCCUGCGAGACGUCCGAGGCUGUGCUGCUGUGCGAGGUUCCGUCGGCGCCUCAGGACCUGCAGGUCCUUCACGUCACCAAGUCCUCCGUCACGCUGCAGUGGCUGAAGCCGCUGCAUGACGGCGCCAGCAGGCUCACAGGCUUUGUCCUGGAGGCCUGCAAGGUGGGGACGGACAGGUGGAGCGUUGUGGCAACCGUCAAGGCCUCAGUGUCCCAGCACACCAUCCAGGCCCUAACCGAGAAAGAGCAGUACCUCUUCAGGGUCCGAGCCACCAACAGCAGAGGAGCCAGCGAGCCCAUGGACACCGUCACUCCUGUGGUCAUCCAGGACAUCAAGGUGGUGCCGAAGAUCGACUUGUCCAGCAUCCCUCAGAAGAUCGUCCAAGUGCACCGCGGCAAACCCGUGGACCUCAGGAUCCCCUUCAAAGCCGAACCGCAGCCAGUCUGCUCCUGGUUCUUCGGCGGCGUCAAACUGAAGGACAGCCUGGACCGCAUCAAGAUCGACAGCAACGGGAAAUUCACCCACCUCGUCAUCCGCGAGACCACCAUCAACGAUACAGGAAACUACUCGCUGGAGGUGAAGAACGCCGUUGGCACGGCGACUGAGGUCAUCAAGGUCAUCAUCCUCGACAAACCCGGCGUCCCGGUCGGGCCAGUGAGGAUCGAGGAGAACGACGGCGUGUCGGUGACGAUCAGCUGGGACCCUCCGGAGAAGGACGGAGGUGCCAACGUCAGCGGCUACGUGGUGGAGCAGCGCGACGCCCACCGACCAGGCUGGAUCACCGUCUCCGAGUCGGUGACCCGGCCCUGCUUCAAGUUCACCCGCCUCAACGAGGGAACCGAGUACGUGUUCCGCGCCGCCGCCAUGAAUCGCUUCGGCGUCGGCAGCUUCCUGCAGUCUGAGGUGGUGGAGUGCAAGAGCGCUAAGACCAUCCCUGGGGCUCCGAGCAGGCCGGUGGUGCUUGAUGUGACCCACGAGGGCAUGACCCUGACAUGGACACCGCCCGAAGACAAUGGGGGCUCCACCAUCGCUGGCUACAUCAUCGAACGUAAGGAGGCGCGCUCUGACAGGUGGAUGAAAGUCAGCAAGAACCCCGUCACCAUGACCAGGUACCGCUCGUCUGGCCUGAUAGAAGGCCUGGAGUACGAACACCGGAUCACCGCCAUCAAUUCCAGAGGAGCUGGCAAGCCCAGCGAGAGCUCUGACAUCACCGUGGCCAUGGAUCCCAUCGAGCCUCCAGGUCCUCCACUUCAGCCCAGCGUGACUGACACCACCAGAACCUCUGUCUCUCUGGCCUGGCUGCCACCCGAAGAAGAGGGUGGUGCUGUCAUUACUGGUUACUUCAUCGAGAUGCAGAAGGUGGACCAGGUGGAAUGGACACUGUGCAACACCACGCCCACCAAGAUGUGCGAGUACACGCUCACCCACAUGCCUCAAGGCGCCGAGUACAAGUUCAGGGUCGUCGCCUGCAACGCUGGCGGCACUGGAGAGCCCGCUGAUGUUCCUGGAGUAGUUAAAGUCCAGGAGAUGCUCGGUCUUCCCUACUACGAGCUGGAUCACAGGUACGAGGAGGGCUACGUGGUGCGGCAGGGCGGAGUUGUCCACCUGUCCGUGCCCAUCAAGGGAAAACCCAUCCCUACAUGCAAGUGGACCAAGGACGGUCGGGACAUCUCGCACCGGGCUAUGAUCGCCACCCACGAUGACAUCACAGAACUGGUCAUCAAAGAGGCGCACAAAGACGACACCGGUACCUACGACCUGCUGCUGGAGAACAAAUGCGGCAGGAAGGCCGUGUACAUCAAGGUGAAGGUGAUCGGUCGCCCUGACAUCCCGGAAGGCCCUCUGGAGUUUGAUGAGAUUCAGGCCAGAUCGGUCCGGGUCAGCUGGAGGCCACCGUCAGACGAUGGCGGCUCUGACAUUCUGGGAUACAUCGUGGAAAGGCGGGAAGUACCAAAGGCCGCCUGGUGUACAGUGGACUCCCGGGUCACUGAGACCUCCCUGAUGGUGAAGGGUCUAAAGGAGAACGUGCAGUACCACUUCAAGAUCUCUGCCGAGAACCAGUUCGGCAUCAGCAGAUCUCUCAAGUCUGAUGAGGCCGUUACGCCGAAAACACCACUCUGCCCGCCGGAGCCUCCCAGCAACCCGCCGGAGAUCAUGGAUGUGACCAAGACCAUGGUGUCCCUAUCCUGGGCCCGGCCCCGGGACGACGGAGGCUCCCGAGUCACCGGAUACUUCGUGGAAAGGAGGGAGGUGUCGACAGAGAAGUGGGUCCGACACAACAAGACCCACAUCACCACGACCAUGUACAACGUCACGGGUCUGAUCCCCGAUGCAGAGUACGUGUUCAGAGUGCUGGCUCAGAACGACGUGGGGCAAAGCGAGCCUGGUCCCGCCUCAGAGUCUGUGGUCUGCAAGGAUCCGUUCGACAAACCCAGCCAACCAGGAGAGAUCGACAUCAUCUCCAUCACCAAAGACUGCAUCACCAUCCAUUGGCUCAGGCCAGAGGAGGACGGCGGGAAGGAGAUUCUGGGCUACUGGAUUGAGUUUAGGCAGGCGGGAGAAAGUGCCUGGAAGAAAUGCAACAAGGAGCGCUCCAAAGACCGCCAGUUCACCAUGGGCGGCCUGAUGGAGGCCACCGAGUACGAGUUCAGGAUCAUCGCGGAGAACGAGACUGGACUCAGCCGACCUCGCCGCACGUCCAUGGGCAUCAAGACCAAACUUAGCGUUGGUGAGGCUCCAGCUCUGAAGGACGAGAUCGCGGACGUAACCACCAAGCUCGGCGAGUCCGGCACCCUCACCUGCGGCAUCAUCGGCAGACCUCUACCUGAGAUCAGGUGGUACCGCUACGGCAAGGAGCUGAUCCAGAGCCGCAAGUACAAGAUGAGCUCGGACGGCCGUAACCACUCCCUCAGCGUCCUGACAGACGAGCAGGAGGACGAGGGCAGUUACACCUGCAGGGCCGUCAACGAGGCCGGAGAGGUGGAGACCAGUGGGCGGCUGCGACUGCAGGCGGCGCCCCAGUUCCACCCCGGCUUCCCUCUGAAGGAGAAGUAUUUCGCGGGGGCCGGGACCAGCCUCCGCCUCCACGUCGUCUACAUCGGACGUCCCAUCCCCCAGAUCAUGUGGUUCUACGGCAAGAAGCCUCUGAACGCGUCCGAGAAUGUUGUCAUUGAAAACACGGAGAGCUACACACACCUGGUGGUGAGGAAUGUCCAGAGGAAGACCAACGCCGGCCGCUACAAGGUGCAGCUCAGCAACACGUACGGCACCGUGGACACUUCGCUGCGCGUUGAAAUCCAAGAUAAACCGUGCAUCCCUGAGGGCCCCAUCGUUGUCGACGCCCUGCUGAAGAGCUCCAUGGUCAUCAGCUGGAAGGCUCCAAAGGACGACGGAGGCUCCAUGAUCACCAACUACAUUGUGGAGAAACGUGAGGCCAAAGAAGGCGAACAGUGGCAACUGGUGUCCUCCUCUGUUUCUGGCACCACCUGCCGCGUCCCCAACCUGAUAGAGAGCGCCGGCUACUACUUCAGGGUCUCUGCCAAGAACCAAUACGGAGUCAGUGAGUCCCUGGAGAUCCCCUCGGUGGUCAUCGUUAAGAGUCCGUUCGAAAAACCUGGCAUUCCACAACAGCCCUUCAUUAUCAGCUCCACCAAGGACUCCUGUGUGGUCUGCUGGAAGCCCCCAAGCAGCGACGGAGGAGCUAAAAUCUCCAGCUACUACCUGGAAAAACGUGAGAAGAAGCAGAACAAGUGGAUUUCGGUGACCAGCAAGAAGAUGGUUGAGACCAAUUACGAGGUCACAGGGUUGAUCGAAGGCUUUGAGUACGAGUUCCGCGUCAAGUGUGAGAACCUGGGCGGCGAAAGCGACUGGAGCGAGAUCUCAGCGCCAAUCACCCCCAAAUCCGAGCAGUCUCCUCGUGCUCCUGUGUUCAGGGAGGAAAUCAGGGACAUGACCGUCAAAUACCAAGCCAAUGCCACCUUUGUCACCAAGGUGGUGGGAUAUCCCAAACCUUUGGUGAAAUGGUACCGCAGCGGAAAAGAGGUUGAGGCCGAUGGAACCAAGAUUAAAGCCCAGGAGUUCAAGGGAGGCUACUACCAGCUGGUCAUCACUGCUGCUGAGGAGACGGAUGCCACCGUUUACCAAGUCCGGGCAACCAACUCCUCAGGAUCCAUCUCGACAACUGCCAACCUGGAGGUGGAAGUUCCUGCUAAGAUCCACCUGCCCAAGGAGCUCCAGGGAAUGGGAGCAGUCCAUGCUGUCCGUGGUGAUCACAUCACCAUCAAGAUCCCCAUCUCUGGCAAACCGGAGCCGGCCAUCACUUGGCAGAAGGGACAGGAGAUCCUCUCCAAUUCCCCGUACCACCAAGUCAUCACCACGAGGUCUUUCACCUCUCUGGUGUUCCAGAAGGGAAUGGAGAGGAAGGAUACUGGCUACUACAUUUUGAUGGCAAAGAACAGGUUCGGGUCAGACAAGCAAACCAUUGAGGUGAACGUGGCUGACAUACCCGAAGCUCCAAAGGCUCUGGUUGUCAGUGACAUUUCUCGGGACUCCAUCACCUUGACCUGGCAACCACCUGCCAAUGAUGGCGGAAGCGACAUCAUCAACUACAUAGUGGAGAAGUGUCCCACCACUGCUGACAGGUGGAUCCGUGCUGGGCAGACCAGUGACUGCAGCAUUACCAUCAUCAACGUGUUCGGAAAGACCAAGUACCAGUUCCGCCUCAUCGCCGAAAACCGCUUUGGCCUGAGCCCUCCUUCUCCACCAACGGAGCCCAUCAGCACCAAGGAAGACAAGUCUGUGAUCCGGAACUACGACGAGGAAGUGGACGAAACCAGAGAGAUCACCAAGGAGGAGGCUCUGUUCUACAAGGUCAAGGAGCUGUCCUCCAAGUACGUCAUCUCUGAGGAACUAGCUCGCUGCCAGUUUGGAGUGGUCCACCGUUGCACGGAGAUUGCAACAAAGAAGACCUUCAUGGCAAAGUCCAUCAAAGUCAAAGGAACGGACCGCGAGUUGGUUCUCAGAGAAAUUGAAGCUCUCAACGUAGCAAGGCACAUGAAUAUCAUCUACCUGCAUGAGUACUUUGAAAGCAUGGAGGAGAUUGUCCUGAUCUUUGAAUUUGUGUCUGGAGUUGACAUCUUUGAGCGUCUUGGCACAAGCAACUUUGAGCUCACGGAGCAGGAGAUUGUCCGCUACCUGAGACAGGUCUGCUCUGCCCUUCAGUUCAUGCAUAGCCACAACUUCGGCCACUUUGAUAUCCGCCCGGACAACAUCGUCUACACUACGAGGAGGAGCACCACCACAAAGAUCAUUGAGAUGGGCCAGGCCAGGCUGCUGGUGCCAGGAGAAAACAUCAGAAUGCUGUUCUCUGCUCCGGAGUACUGCGCCCCUGAGAUCCACCGCCACGACAUGGUCACAACAGCCACUGAUAUGUGGUCUGUUGGUGUAAUGGCCUACGUGUUGCUCAGUGGCCUCAAUCCAUUUGGGGCAGAGUCCAUCACUCAGAUGGUUGAGAACAUCUCCAACUGUGAAUACAUCUUUGACAGCGAAGCAUUCAAGGACAUCAGCCUGGAGGCCAUGGACUUUGUCGACAGACUCCUGGUCAGGGACAGGAAGCUGCGUAUGACAGCCCACGAGGCCCUGGAGCACCCGUGGCUCAAGAUGAAGAUUGAGAAUGUCAGCAACAAGGUCAUUAGGACAUUGAGACACAGAAGGUACUACCAGUCUCUGGUGAAGAGGACAGAUACUAUUGUAUCUGCAGCUCGUAUUGCCUACGGCGGCGCCUUUAGGAACCAGAGAGGAUUGGCCGUGGGUAAAGUGAAGAUUGGAACCGAGUACCAUGGCCUUCGCACUGGCCCAGUUAUGCACGGUUCUGCUGAAGAAGGCGGCCACGUCAGAUUCACCUGCAGCAUCACCAACUACGACAAGAGCACUCAGGUGUCGUGGUACCACGGUAACCGUCAGCUGCACUCAAGCGCUAAGUAUGAAAUCACAUACAGUAAAGGUUUUGCCAGCAUCUAUGUGAAGGACAUUGAAGAGAGUGAUGAUGGGGUGUACAGAUGCAAGGUGGUGAGUGAUGAUGGAGAGGACAGUGCUAACGGAGAGCUCUUUGUCGAGACGGUGAGGAGCAUCAGAGAGUACUACAUCAGUCGCUCCAUCAAGAAGAUGAGGAGGAGAGUUGACAAGACCAGACUCCUGCAGAGGCCACCCGAGUUUACUUUGCCUCUCUACCAUCGCUCUGCCUACAUCGGCGAAGACGUGCGCUUCGGUGUCACUAUCACCGUGCACCCGGAGCCUCAUGUGACGUGGCUGAAGAAUGGGGAGAGAAUAAAGCCGGGUGAAGAUGACAGGAAGUACACGUUCACCAGUGAUAAGGGUCUCUACCAGUUGAUGGUCCACAACCUGAGUUUAGAUGACGAUGCAGAAUACACCGUCAUGGCUCACAACAAGUUCGGAGAAGACAGUUGCAAGGCGCGUCUCACCGUGGCACCUCAUCCCAUAACUGAGGAGAGCAUGAGGCCGAUGUUCAAACGCCUGCUGGCUAACGUUGACUGUGUUGAGGGACACAGCGUCCGCUUUGAGCUCAGAGUCUCUGGAAGCCCAACUCCGACUCUGAAAUGGCAGAAGGACGGCCGUGCGCUGCAGUUCGGUGCCAAGGUUGUUGUCCUACAGGAGGACGUGGACUGCCACGUCUUGCAUAUCCGAGAUACGCUGCUCGAGGACGCCGGUGUGUACACAGUCACUGCGACCAACUCCGCGGGCUCUGCGAGCUGCCAGGCUACGCUAAAGGUGGACCGCCUUACCUACACCAGGAAAGAGUAUAAGAGCGAAGAGGAGAAAUACAGACACGUACAGAAGCAAAUUGAAAAAACAAACAAGAUGGCCAUGCAGAUUGUGGCCACGGAGGAGCUCGUACCCCUCAACCCAACAGCCCAGGAAGCCAUCAAGUUUGCUGCGGAAAUGUACAAGCCUGCAGUGGGCACCAAGAACGUUGAAGGCGAGUUUGACAUCACGGUGGAGAAGUCCACCACCAAGAAGUUGGAAGAGGAGAGGAGGAUCUUCAUGCCUUAUGAGAUACCAGAGCCUGUGUUCCAUGAUCCCAGAGCUCUGGAUGAGGACAAAGCCAUCAAGCACUUCAUGCCUCUCUCUGACAUGAAGUGGUAUAGAAAACUUAGGGACCAGUAUGAGGUUUCCGAGAAGAUGGAGAGGAUUGUGCAGAAGCGGCAGAGACGCAUUCGCCUCUCCAGGUGGGAGCAGUUCUACGUCAUGCCCCUCCCCAGAAUCACCGACCAGUACAGGCCAAGAUGGCGUAUUCCAAAACUCUCUCUGGAUGACCUGGAGACUGUGAGACCCGCCCGCCGUUCACCAUCUCCUGAAUCCGAGAUCUCCUUCAGAUCCAGAAGGAGAUCUUUGGGAGACAUUAGUGACCAUGAGCUGCUGAUGCCUGUGGAUGACUACCUUUCUGUGAGGAGAACAGAGGAGGAGAAAAUUAUGCUGGAGGACGAACUGGAGUUGGGCUUCUCUGCCUCUCCAACCCACAGUCCUGUCCGCAAGGAGCGACGUGCUAUGGAAGUUGAAGAGAGGGCACAGGACGUGAGGUACGAGGCCAUCGAAUUCGCAGAGAAGAAGAAGAAACGCACGGUUUCUCAGUUCAUGAGGAGGAGACGGUCACUUUCUCCUACGUACAUUGAACUAAUGCGUCCAGUCUCAGAGCUGAUCAGACCGUCACGCUCCCGGCCGCCCGUGGAAGUAGAGGGGGAGGUUGUGGGGAGGAGGUCUCCCACCCCCGAGAGAACCCGCCCCCGCUCUCCCAGCCCCAUCAGGUCCGUUGAGAGGUCAUCCCGCUCGUCCUCCAGGUUUGAGCGGUCUACCCGCUUUGACAUCAUGUCCCGCUACGAGGCCAGAAAGGCCUCCCUGAAGUCAGAGAGGAAAUAUCAGGUGGUGAGCCAGACCCCGUUCAGCCUGGACCACGCGCCCCGUGUGACCGUCAGGAUGCGCUCGCAUCGCAUACCGAUCGGCCAAGACACCAAAUUCACCCUGAACAUCCAAAGCAAGCCAGAGGCCGAGGUCAAGUGGCUCCACAAUGGAACUGAGAUCAGUGCCAGCAGUGAGAAAUACGUCUUCACCAACAUGAGUGGUGUCUUGUCCAUCACCGUUCUGGAGUGUCAGGAGGAGGACAGUGGCACGUACCGCUGUGUCUGCUCCAACUCCAAGGGAGAAGCUUCGGACUAUGCCACCCUAGAAGUGUCAGGUGGCAGCUAUACCACCUUUUCCUCCCGCCGUAGGGACGAGGAUGUCCCCAAAGGAUAUGUCCCCGAAGUCACUAGGAUUGACCACUAUCACACCACCCACUUCAAGGCUGGCUAUGCUUCCCACACCCAGCUUCAGGUGGAGGAGAGCAAGUCUAAGGUCACCGAGACACAUGAGGUUGUGUCCCACGAGAGAUAUGCAGCCUCCUCAGAGAGGUACGAUUCGUCCAUCAAGUAUGCCUCCGCUGAUUACCUGUCAUCUGAGUCCUCCUACUCGUCGGAAGCGUUUUCUCUGGCCGAGAAACGCACCUCGUCUGCUGCUAGAGUGAAGUCCUCUUCAGCUGAGGAAGUUACUGUCCACAAGGUGAAGCCUUCUCUCUCCGCCAAAAUCCUCACCAAGCCCCAGUCUGUGACGGUUGCCGAGGGAGAGACUGCCAGAUUCUCCUGUGAUAUCGACGGGGAGCCGGCACCAACUGUGACGUGGAUGCAACAGAGCUGGACCAUGGAAUCGUCUCAGCGCGUCCAGGUCACCACCACUCAGUAUAAGUCGAGCAUGGAGAUCUCGUGCGUGACGUCCUCCGACGAGGGCAGUUACACAGUGGUGGUAGAGAACACAGCAGGUAGACAGGAGGCGCACUUCACCUUGACCAUCCGGAGACCGGUUCCCAAAAAAGAGGUAGAAGCCGUCAGAUCCCCUGAGCCAUCGGUAAAGUCACCGGAGCCUCCAGUCACCUCACGGCAUCCCUCUGUAGCUUCACCUGUCCCCAGCAUCAAGUCCCCCGAGCCUUCAGUCAAAUCACCAGCUCCAAGUGUGAAGUCUCCAAGUGUCAAAUCCCCUGAACCUGCAGGAGUCAAGACUCCAAUAGGAGUCAAAUCUCCUGAACCAGCAGGAAUCAAGACUCCACUUGGAGUCAAAUCCCCUGAACCUGCAGGAAUCAAGACUCCACUAGGAGUCAAAUCUCCAGAACCUCCAGGAAUCAAGACUCCACUAGGAGUCAAAUCUCCAGAACCUGCAGGAAUCAAGACUCCACUUGGAGUCAAAUCUCCAGAACCUGCAGGAAUCAAGACACCACGAGGAGUCAAAUCCCCCGAACCUGCAGGAAUCAAGACUCCACUAGGAGUCAAAUCUCCAGAACCUGCAGGAAUCAAGACUCCACUAGGAGUCAAAUCUCCAGAACCUGCAGGAAGCAAGACUCCACUAGGAGUCAAAUCUCCAGAACCAGCAGGAAUCAAGACACCACGAGGAGUCAAAUCCCCAGAACCUGCAGGAAUCAAGAGUCCACUGGGAGUCAAAUCUCCUGAACCUGCAGGAAUCAAGUCACCAAUAAGAGUCAAAUCUCCAGAACCUACAGGAAUCAAGACACCACUAGGAGUCAAAUCUCCAGAGCCUGCAGGAAUCAAGUCACCAAUAAGAGUCAAAUCUCCAGAACCUACAGGAAUCAAGACACCACUAGGAGUCAAAUCUCCAGAACCUGCAGGAAUCAAGUCACCAAUAAGAGUCAAAUCUCCAGAACCUGCAGGAAUCAAGACUCCAAGAGGAAUCAAGUCCCCAGAACCUUCAGGAAUCAAAUCCCCUCUGAGGGUGAAGUCUCCUCCUCCAAUCCUGUCCCCCAAGAGGGUUGUCUCCCCGCCCACCGUGAAAUCCCCCAUUCCGAAACCCCCCAAAGUCCUGAGUCAGCUGAAGGCCGAGGCCAGCGAGGGCUCGGUGAGGAUGUCCUGUGUCUGCGAGAGCAGCGUCAGGGAGGUGGUGUGGUUUGUGAAUGGCAGGAAGCUCUCCCAGAGCAGCCGCUUUGAGAUGCACUACUCUGAGGGCUCCUGCAGCCUCGUCAUCCACGACCUGGCAGACAGCGACCAGGGAGAGUACACCUGCGAGAUGACGUCCGAGGGAGGGGUCUCCAAAUCCUCCUUCUCAUUUAGCGGACAAGUGUUCCAGUCCAUGCGCCUGAAGAUCACCGCCUACCACGAGCAACAGCUGGCCAUCAAAGCCUCGGGAUCGAUGAUGAUGAGUCACAAGGAGUCAUCAUCGUCCAUGAGCUCUACCAUGAUGAUGAAGAAGGAAACACACAUGAUGGAGGAGUCGUCCUCUUUCUCCACGUCCUCCACCUCUGCCCAGCACGCCAUGAUGUCAUCCAUGAUGGAGUCCAGCUCUAUCAGCAGCAUGGCGGCCGAGAUGAAGCUUGAGACCAUGUCCAUGUCCAGCAUGUCCUCCAUGGCGUCUGAGAUGUAUGCCAUGAGUUCCGGCAGCUCGUCCCACAUGGAGGGAUCUUCGUUCAGAGCCAUCGGUUCUGCUCCCAGGAUCGAGGCUCUGCCCGAGGACAUCAGCAUCGAGCCGGGGAAAGUUCUCACGGUCACCUGCGCCUUCUCUGGAGACGCCAAACACAUCCAGUGGUGCCGCGGCGGCAGAGCCAUCGAGGUGACGGCCGGCGGACGCUUCCACAUCGAGACCUCGGAGGACCUGACCACCCUCAUCAUCACUGGGGUGAAGGAGGAGGACGCCGGUACCUACACCCUGAAGCUGUCCAGUGAGCUGGGGUCCGACUCGGCCACAGUCCACAUCAGCAUUCGAUCGGUGUAGAAACCCCAAAAAGCCACCCAAUAUCCAAAGGUCCCCCUUCCCCCACGUCGAUGCCUUUUUUUUAUUAGUCGAGCAAAAUGAUAAACGUGAAAAAGAUCUGGAUUCCUGUUCUUGUAAAUAUGAACUAUUUUUUCUACCAAUCUUGACAUUAAUUUAUGCCAAACUAGACUCAAAUCGAACGUUGUUAUAAAAUGUGCCAUAUUGGUUAUCUCUGACUGAGGAUUUUGAAUCAAUUUUUCUGACAUGUACAUAAUGUAUAUAGCCGAAUUGAACGGUUAUGGGAAAUGUAUGCAUUGUUAUUUAUGACAAUAAUAUAUGAACUGAAACUAAGUGAAACUAAGUGUAGUUUGACGGGAGAAAGUUCCUCGAGGAACGAAUACCCCGUCAGACGGAGAAACUAAACUCUGUGCCUCAACCACGCGUUGAAGUCUGAAGCUGCCUCGGCGGGUCGAGAGGCUCCCCGUCGACGUUACCGCAACCGAGACAGAACCUUCGUAGAUUCGUAAGCGGAGCGCGAGGUCCCAACCGCUGUUUGCUUCCUACCCUCGAGCACGCAGGGCGACCGGACCUCACCCUCCGACCGAUCUCGUCGUACCGCCAUUUCGAUGACGCGCUCACAGUGCGAGCGGCCUGCACUCCCUGAGCUGCCGUGUUCUUUUUGUUUGAGAGCUCCGCCUUUGGCUGGCCGACCGCCGGCUCGGGUCUCUUCUCUGAUCUCGGCGGAUCGAGAGAGUCCGUCCCCGCCGCUCGGCCUGCAGAGGCGGAGCUGCCUCUCGGAGGUCUGCAGAGUGUUUGUGUGGUACUUUUAGUUGUUUUAGGAGCCGGUCGAGCCGAGCAGCCGGAGCACCAACGGCCGGCGGCGCGAGGACGUCGCUCGGCUCUUUGACCGCCAACAGUCGUAGAGUUACGCAGCCUCCUUGAGUUUUAUCCAAGUAUUGAUUUAAUAAAGCAUGAUUAUCAGCACUA